GGGUGGGAGAGAGAGCCAGCAGCAUUUCCUAUUUGCUGUUUUGGCAGAGACGAGUUCUUGGCAAGCCUCCCUCCAAAGGGAGUCGAUUUCCUGCCUCGCUUGGUCAUCAAGGCUGAGCCGAGCCAGUUCCAAACAUUCAAGCAGUGGGAGCUCCGAGGAGGCGCAGCGAGAGUCUCUGUGACAAAGGCAUCUCGAUUCCAACCCGUUUCCCUGCUGCCUCUGCCGACCCCCCUGGAAACCAGGACCAAGGCUGGAUUGGAGAAGGGCAGAGCUGAGCCGCCUGCUUCUCCCGUGUCCGGUCACCAAGUACCACAGCCCUGCGGACAGCGGCCCUCCAUCACCCCUGCUCCUAGACACGGGCUAAGAGGAGUGAGCGAAGAGGAGAAGAAGCAAGGAGUCCAGGCGCUAUGGAGACGGGACGGUGUCUGGCGGUCCUCCUUCUGACCUGGAGCGUUGUGACAGCAGGAGCGAGUAAGUGGCUCUCUUUGGCGGUGCUGAGGGGGAGACAGGUGGGAAGAUCUGCUGCCGCAACUUCAUAAACCAACAGGUUCUUGGGUUGCUGCCUUAACUUUGCUGGUUUGCGUAAAACUGGGAAAAUAAUUAUUUAGGGAGAGAUUUGGGGGACGGCUCCAAAGUGAACGUCGGAAGCUUCUUCAUACCGAGUUGAAACAUAGGUUGACUUAGCUCAGUGUUUUGUUUCAGGCUGGGGACACGAGCAGCUCCACUUCUGUGUGCCAUUGAACUACAUCCCUUUCCCUUAGUUAUCAGCCGGAUAACUGUAAAGAGGGUGGGAUGGGGGGUAGAAUGGCCAUAUGACCUAUUCCACAGAGGGUAGCCCUCUGCCUGAAGGACUGCUUGGUCCAAGUCUGGCUUAAAGUUAGAAAAAUAAAGAAGGGAAUCUUCCAAGGAGGAGCUUAGGAGAAGGGGGCGAGUGCCCAGAACUUCCAGCCUUUUCUCUCAAAGGGCAAGAGGGUGCCGGUCAGAAACGGACAAAUCUGUCCAUUUUGGUGUCUGUUAGUUUUGCAUUCUUCCCAUCUUAAAUCUAGUCCUCCAUAUUUCUGUGGUAAUUUCUGGUUUUGCUUUUGUGUUUUAAUUAAAAAGGUCACCAGAAUUCUAACGUGAAUUUCUCCUAAUAAACUUUCUCUUGUAUACCGUUUUGACAUACUUUAAUGCUAGCAGUUUCUCCUGUUAAAAGGCAUGUUCUGUAUGUUUUUUCUACACUUUUCAUGCAUGCACACUUUCUUUAAUAUAUUCUUUUUGGCACAUGGUGUUUGGUUGCAUCACAGAAUUCAGAGAAGUGUGAAUUUCUAAAGAUAACUGUGUUUCGGUUUGCAUGUUGGACGGAGAAGUGCAUAUUAGGUAGUUUCUAAUGAAAAUGCAAACAAAUUUGAAUUUAUCCCUCUCAGUCCUAGUGGAUAUACAGAGAGCCAGUAGAAAUUGGCCCCAUUCAGAAGUCUCCAUGACAGUACAUGGAGCAUGGUUUAUUCUGUUUAUUGUUUACAAAUUCAUAAUCUGCUUCACAGCCAAAGGUCAUCAAAACAGGAUACAAUAAGAAAAAACUGAAAGGUUACAGGCCCAGUCAACUAAAAGCAAUAAAACUGUCAAAUAAAAGACUGUCUCUGCAAUUGUACGAUUUAUAUUCCAUUUAAAAACUGGAUCAUAUUUUACAGAGAACCUUUUAAAAUAAAAAUGUUUUCAGUAGCGGCCUAAAUACUAAGACACAUGGUGCUUGCCAAAUUUUGGUUGGUAACAUAAUUUAGAGGGCUGGAGGUGCAACACUAAAAGCCCAGGCUCUAGUGCAUGCCAAGUGUGCGUCUCUGGUGCACCAUGUGAUGCUCUCAGAAGUGGUCCAUCAGAGGAAAACAGUUGCCAGGCAGGGAUACACAGGGUGACUUGGUUCCAAGUUGUUUAGAGCUUUAUAUACCAAAAUUCUGAACUGAGCCAGGUAGGAUAUUGGUAGUUAAGAAAGAGGGCUAUGGAGAAGGGGACAGCUGCCUCUAUAAAUUCUCAGACCCCAUAAAAAAGAUGUUUUGGGAUGUUUCCCACCCUUCUCAGUUACUUGCAACCCUCUCCUAAAAGGUGAUGACUUGGAAGUCAAUCACACGGAGAGUGGACGCUUCUUUCAGUCCUUGCAAAGAAUUGCAUUGCUGGAUGCUUGGACCGAUAAGACGAAAAUGGGAAACUCUGUGGCUCACGGCUCGGUGCAUAAGCCCCUGCUUUUCAUGCAUGAGGUCCUGGGUUCAAAGCCCACUAUCUCCCGUAUGAUACAGUGGCAGGAGUGUUGAACUAGGGCUUGGGAGACCAGAGUUCAAAUCCCCACUCAGUCAUGAAUUUCACUGAGUGGACUCUUCUUCGUUGGUCAUCUAGCCCAACCCCGGUAAUGCAGGAAUCCUUUUGCCCCAUUUGGGGCUUGAACCCAUGACCCUGUGUUAAAUGUCUCCUGUUCUACUGACUGAGCUAUCUGCAUCAUUUGGCAAAGAGAAAGGUCAAUAAGCUAAUACAUCAUAUACCAACUCAAGAAAUUUCAAUACAGCUGUUGUGGAUUCUGACAACCACAUAGGUGCUGCUCCUAAGCAUCCUGUUUAUUGAACACUCAUCCGGAUUUGUUUGUGGGGAGAUUAGGUAGCAGUGUGUUACCCCACACUAAGGAGUGGGGAUAAAUUUGAUUAAGUGCAUUUAAAAGUGAAUCCACCCAAUUUGCAGUUUCCAAAAGAAGAUGAGAAUGGAAAUUCUCAAUUAUCUUAAUUUUACAAUGCGGCGCUCCAACCAAACAAUGUAUACAAAAAUGUAUAAAUUAGGGGGAAGUGUGCAUAAAAAGGUUUUUGUUUUUUUUAAAGCAUACAAAAAAUUAUUUUAUUAGGGGAAAUUGCAAAAAAUUGUACAUCAGUCAAAACUGCACACAAACAUGUUUAUUAGGAGAAAUCUGCACUAAAAUACUGACCAAUUUUCAUGAGGCCUUUAUAAAAAUCGCAAAGUGCUGGAGAAAUGUGGCCAACUGAAUUUAAAGAUGAAACACGGACAGAAUCAAACCUGACAGAUCCAUACAUCCCUACCCACAUAUUUUCAAGUGCAUUUCCCCAUCACUUUGGUCUAACCUUUUCGGGGGCAGCAAACUUGUUCUGCAAGGCCCCCAAAACAACUAUAAUUUCACAAACUGAAUUUGCUGAAAUUUGAUUGAUACCUGCACAAAAAGAGCCACACUCUGAAAGCAGCCUAAAUGAGAAUUAGACCAUUUCCUGGAGCAAACAGCUGUCAAUGGCUACUAGCUAUGAUGAUUACUAUUUGCCGUGGAGAAAGUAGCUGUUGCUCUCAGAUCCUGCUUACGGUGGGGCAACUUGCUGGCCACUGUGAGAACUAGUGAGGUUGAAUUAGAUAGGCCACUGGCUUGAUCUAUUAGAACUAUGCUUAUGAGCUGCAUACUAUUAUUGUAUCCACAUGGACAUAGGAAUUAAUCAAUAGUUUCUGCCAGAAGAAUGGGGAACAUGUGGUCCUUCAGGUAUCAGAUCCCAUUAAAUGGUGAGAGAUGAUGAAAGUCAGAGUCCAUAGAUUAUUAGAAUUAUGCAUCUAGUGCAUCAUAAGGUCUUCAGUUCAGUUCAUUUAUCCCCUGCUGCUGGGGCUCCUCUGCAACAAGCAGAAAUGUUGCAUGCAGGGGCACCCUCUGGGAAUGAGGGGGCCGAGCCCCCCCCCCAAUUUUCAAGGAGAGGGCUGGUCCCCCUCAAUAUUCCAUGGCCUGCCAGGCCUUGUUGGGCCUUCUUGCAGUUAGCAGAAGGCUGCAUCAAAGUGAGAUUGCACAAGCCUGCACAGCAUCUCCUGAUGCUGCAGGUACUGGCAAAGCCUAGCAGAAGGGUGCACCAGCCUGCGCAAUGUUUGGACAUGAGUGUGACAUCACAUGUGCACACUGGGCCCCUUCAACCUUGGGGGCAACCUGGCACCUGUGAUUGCAUGUCAGCUGCCCGUGUAGCUGCAUGCUGAAGAAACCUUGACUUGCUGAAUUUUGGCUUAUCACACAGUACUUAAAAGCAUCAGAGCUCUUGUUGGAGAAGAGCAAGGGUUGGCUACUCAAGGAAAUCUAGGGAAGAGGGGCAUUGUGCUCAAAUGUAUAGGGAAGUGUCACUAUGGAAGACCAUGUUCUGGGUAUGCAGACUGCUGCAGGCUCAAUCCAGUGCAUCUCUCAUUUAAAUGAUUGCCAGAGCCAUUGAAGACUGCUUCCAGUUACAGUCAACAAGACUGAACAAGUUACAGGUAGGUAGCUGUGUUGGUCUGCCGUAGUCGAAACAAAAUUAAAAAAUUCCUUCCAGUAGCACCUUAGAGACCAACUAAGUUUGUUAUUCGUAUGAGGUUUCGUGUACAUGCACACUUCUUCAAAUACAGUGGUACCUCGGGUUAAGAACUUAAUUCGUUCCAGAAGUCACCAGACCCUUAAACAGUGGUACCUCGGGUUACAGACGCUUCAGGUUACAGACGCUUCAGGUUACAGACUCUGCUAACCCAGAAAUAGUACCUCGGGUUAAGAACUUUGCUUCAGGAUGAGAACAGAAAUUGUGCGGCGGCAGCAGAAGGCCCCAUUAGCUAAAGUGGUACCUCAGGUUAAGAACAGUUCCAGGUUAAGAACGGACCUCUAGAACGAAUUAAUUUCUUAACCCGAGGUACCACUGUAUAUAGUGAAAGGGUGGGGAGGGGUAUUACUCAGAAGGGAGGUGGGAAUGGGUGAUUGGCUGAUAGGUGUGGUAAACCUGUUAACGACUGUUAACGACUGCAAUUGGUCUUACAGGAAAAAGCAAUGGGUGAGAUGGCUAAAAACAGCUUUAUCACGUAUAAUGAGAUAAGAAUCCAGUGUCUCUAUUCAGACCAGAUCUCUCCAUGGUUUUAAGUUUGGUAAUAAGUUGCAAUUCAGCAACUUCUCUUUCCAGUCUCUUUCUGAAAUUCUUUUGUAAUACUGAGCAAGGAAGACAAAUAGUCUGGCUUAAUAUAAAACCACUUUGCAUGUUCCCAUCAGCUCCAGUAAAAAACCAUCCCAUGGAGGCUGAACCCUAUGGGCACAUGAGUUGCUGCCUUGCCAACUUCAGUCUGCCCCCAGACAGCCCUCACCCUCUGCCUUCCAGGGGACAGCAGGAGCUGUCAAUUUCCCCAUACUCCAGGCAUGUCCAAAGUCCGUUUCAGGGGCCUAACCCGGGCCACUGGCCGAUUGAAUUCAGCCCCUGUGGCAGUAUAUGUCCUGGGGUAAAAUCCUAAAAAAAAAUAUCUCAGCGACUCUGGUCGGCCCUCACGCAUGUUCACUUCAUCAGAUCUGGCCCUCUUUGAAAAAAGUUUGGGCACCCCUACUCAAUCUCAAGGAGGGAUGGGGGAGAAGGCAGUGACAGAGUGUUCUCUGCCAGUGCCCAGGGCGAGUGUGUGUGUGCCAGGGCACACGGGGCACACCGUGGGGGUGGGGCAUGCUGCUGGAGUAACCUUUGAGGGGCAUAGUCACGGUGCCCUGUGAGCCCAGGGUCACUUUGAGCGGCACUCGCAGGGUGCCAUGAGCUGCUGUGUCCAUCUCAGGCAUCCUCCACCUGGAGGGAAGAUGCGAACGACACAACAGCUCGUGACAUCCUUCACCCCCCCAAAAAACCUAUACCUGGGGUGAGAGCUCCCCCAGCCCCCACCAUGCUACGCCUCUGGGAGGUCAAUCCAGUUCACUUUUAAAGCCAAGUCUAGCAAAUUCACACUUCCCAAAACAAUACACAGCAUGUGUGCUGGUGAAACCACAGCUUGGUUUCCAAAGAGUUGAGGGUAGGAGCAGGGUGUUUAAAUUACUUUCUGAGGAGGAUCACUAUUCACUGAACAAGGCCUCACUCACUACAGUGGUACCUCGGGUUACAUAUGCUUCAGGUUAUAUACGCUUCAGGUUACAGACUCCGCUAACCCAGAAAUAUUACCUCAGGUUAAGAACUUUGCUUCAGGAUGAGAAAUCAUGCAGGAUGAGAACAGAAAUCAUGCAGUGGUACAGAUAUGUGGCCCUCAGGCUAAGAAAGGUUUCCCACUCUCGUCGAGGACAAGUGGAGUGAAUGCAAAUCAAGCAAUCCUAAAACAGCCCAUUAAGAUAAGCCAGUGGUCAUCCCCAUAUUAUACAUGGGUGGCUGAACUGGAGAGAUUAAAAUUGGGACUCUUGCCCAACCCACAUAAGAGGCCUUGUCCAGUGAAUGGUGAUCCUCCCCAGAAAGUGAUUUAAAUGCCCUGCUCCUGCCCUCAACUAUCUGACCUUUCAUUCUCUGGAAACCAAGCUGUGGUUUCACCAGCACACAUGCUGCCUGGUGAGGAAGGGAAAAAGAGGUUCUGCUCACAGGAAAUAGUUUAAAGUUUUGGGGCUAGGAAAGCACCCAGGGUGCAAAAGAGAGAGAGAGAGAGAGAAGAGAAACUGCAAAGUUGCAGAUUUUUCUUCACUUUCUGAAGGAGGAGGGGGAAGAAUGGAGGAAGUGGAGCAAAGGGGAAACCACAGGGAUUCCUUCUUGAAGUGUUUAGAAAGUUGAGGCGGUGAAAAAUCAGCCAAGUAGUACAAGAGCAAAGAUAAACUGGGAGGGGAUCUGGACUGUGAAAAGUGAGAGGCACAGCUUGUUCCCAUCCAUUCCUAUUCCCUAUAAAUAAUACCCCCCCAACAAACACACAUCCACAGAACUGGGUUAAGCACCCACAGAAAAUGGCAAGGGGCAGGUGGGAACUGUACCCCAAACCAUUAAAAAGGAGACUGGGAAUGAAACUUCCCGACUAGAUGUUGUUUGCACCAACUGCUAGAGUAGGUGAGGGAAUCUCGUUUUCAGCCAAGGGGCCACAUUCCUUCCUGGGCUGCAUUCCAGGGGCCACAUGUCUGUGAUUGGCAGGGGCUUACAUUUAACACAUAGUGCAAACAAUUUAAACAAAUAAAAGUGCGUGAAGCAACUAACAUGAACUUUACCUUUGUGAAGUAGACUGGUUCCUACACACACUCACAUUUCCCUCUCUGCCCUCUUUCUGACUGCCAGAUUCUGGGGAUCACACAGAGACUGCUCAUGCACUCAGGUCCUACUUCACAUCAAACUCUUUAAUGUAGCCUUCCCCAACCUGGUGUCUUCCAGAAGUUUUGGAGUACAAUUCCCAUCAGCUCAAAACCGACAGAAAUAUUCAUUUUUGGGCAAUGGCUCCUUUAGCUUUCGCUGAGCACAAUGAUGAAGUUGCUUAUGCUCAGAUCUUGUGUGGCAAAGUCCUCUUGUGAGACCUUAGAUCUGAACUACCUUACCGUUAGGGAUGUGGGUGGCGCUGUGGGUUAAACCACAGAGCCUAUGACUUGCCAAUCAGAAGGUCAGCAGUUCAAAUCCCUGCAACGGGAUGAGCUCCCGUUGCUCGGUCCCUGCUCCUGCCAACCUAGCAGUUCAAAAGCACUUCAAAGUGUAAGUAGAUAAAUAGGUACCGCUACAGUGGGAAGGUAAACAGCAUUUCCGUGUGCUGCUCUGGUUUGCCAGAAGCAGCUUAGUCAUGCUGGCCACAUGACCCAGAAGCUGUACGCCGACUCCCUUGGCCAAUAAAGCGAGAUGAGCGCCGCAACCCCAGAGUUGUCCGCAAUUGGACCUAACAGUCAGGGGUCCCUUUACCUUACCAUUAGGACAGUAAACCAAACUUAGUCAACAGCAAAUGAGUUUACACUUGACAGAGCUUUUAACUGCAUGUAAUUGGGAGGUGUUUAUUUAACCAUUUAAUAACAAUGCUUCAGAAACCGCACUCAGAAAACCCAUGACUAGUUCCAAAAGUUUAUACUAACUUCGGGCUCACUUACAAGAAUGUGUUUUAUAGAUGCAUAAUAUUGUACAUUGUGGUGUGUAUAUGGGAAUGCAGGUUUCCAUAAAGUAUUUUUGUGUAUCUCCUGGGAAAUAAAUUUUAAAGGGGGUGGGGGAAGAAACCACACUGAGGAUAAAAGCAGAGGGUUAGGCAGCAGGUAUUGAGGGGAUGCUCAUCAAAUUUGCAGAUGACCCCAAACUGUGAGGGGUAGCCUAUGCUGCCGAAGACAGAAUCAGAAUUCAAAAUGACCUUAACAGAUUGUAGAACUGGGCCCGAACUAACAAAAUGAGUUUUAAUGGGGACAAAUGUAAGGUUCUGCACUUAGGCAGGAAGAACCAGAUGCACAAAAUAAGAUGUGGGGGGGGGGGGGCACCUGGCUUACUUUCACAGUACCUGUGAAAAGGAUCUGGGGGUCUUGGUGGACCACAAGCUUAACAUGAGUCAACAGUGUGAUGCAGCAGCCAAAAAAAGCUGACGCUGUGUGUCAACAGAAGUAUAGUGUCCAGAUCAAGGGAAGUACCGUAUUUUUCGCUCUAUAAGACACACUUUUUCCCUCCUAAAAAGUAAGGGGAAAUGUGUGUGCGUCUUAUGGAGUGAAUGCAGGCUGCGCAGCUAUCCCAGAAGCCAGAACAGCAAGAGGGAUCGUGAAAGCGCAGUGAUCCCUCUUGCUGUUCUGACUUUGCUUCGCUGGAGAGGCGCUGCGCAGAGAGGGAGAGAAUAUUUUUUUCCUUGUUCUCCUCUAAAACUAGGUGCAUCUUAUGGUGGGGUGCAUCUUAUAGAGUGAAAAAUACUGUAAUAGUACUACUCUAUUCUGCCUUGGUCAGACCACACCUCAAUACUGUGUCCAGUUCUGGGCACCACAAUUUAAGAAGGAUGUUGACAAGCUGGAACGUGUGCAGAAGAGGGCAACCAAGAUGAUCAAGGGUCUGGAAACCAAGCCAUAUGAGGAGCGGUUGAAGGAGCUGGGUAUGUUUAGCCCAGAAAAGAGGAGACAGAGAGGAGAUCUUUCAUCUUCAAAUAUCUCAUGGUCACAUGGAAGAUGAAGCAAGCUUGUUUUAUCUUGCUCUAGAGCAGGGGUAGUCAACCUUUUUAUACCUACCGCCCACUAACGCAUCUUUCUUGAUGGUAAAAUUUCCUUACCGCCCACCAGUGCUCGAUGGAAGGAGGAUUCAGCUUGUGCCGUAGAACCCCCUACUGCCCACCUAGAAUCCUGAAACACCCACUAGUGGGCCAUAGGGACCAGGUUGACAACCCCUGCUCUAGAAGAUAGGACGUGAUCCAAUGGAUUCAAAUUAUAAGAAAGGAGAUUCCGACUAAACAUCAGAAAAAACUGUUCCACAGUGGAAUGGUCUCCUUUGGGGGGUUGUGUGCUCUCCUUCCUUGGAGGUUUUUAAGCAGAGGUUGGGUGGCCAUCUGUCAGGGAUGCUUUAGCUGAGAUUCCUGCAUUGCAGGGGGUUGGAAUGGAUGACCCUCAGGGUCCCUUCCAACACUACAAUUCUAUGAUUCUAUGAACCCACUGCCAGAAAGCCUUCUCUGACGAAGGCCCACGCGGAUCGCCUCUUUUGCUGAGCCAUGCAAGGCAUUAGUACCUCCCAAAUUGGCAUGAAUAGGCCACAUCUCCUGUGUGGGAACUUUUUUUACGCCAAAGGCAGACCGCUUUGGUUAAUCUUCAGACGUGAGUGGUUGGUGCCGCUCUCCUGUUUGCCGCCACGGAGCCGAUCUAAUCUCUUUGCUUUUGUGUGUGUGGGUCCAACAGAGAUCUCGGGCCCUGAAUUAACAUAAACAGAUAAAGCUUUUGUCUGCGUGGCGCACUGCUCAGCCUUGAGGCUUCGCGGCCUUGUCCCGGCAGCAUUUUCCUAGACAGGCAGUGCGGUGCAGGACCCAGAAAAGGGAAGGGUGACGCAGCCUGUAGAGCCCAGAUAAGCGACUGUUUGUCUUCCUCUGGAUGCUGCCGGCAGUGGGGUUGGCCUAGGUUGGUACACUGAGGAAAUAUGGGACAAUAGGUGGGGUAGAGGACACAGCGUCAUGGAAGCAGCCUGGGCCGUGACCUUAGAGUAAGGGACUCGCAGGAAUCUGUCCUGUGCCGGCUUGGCUUCUCCUUCAUCCCGCUGUGUGCAUUUGUCUUCUCAGGAGUCAGGUGUCAUUUGUUGCCAUUUGCCCCCCACCCACCGCAUUUUGUAUACAUUAUGCAUCUCCAUCAAGUGGAGUCAGGAAACUGGGAUUUGACACCCUGUGAGAACACACUGAAUUGUGAGUGGUGCGCCUGCAUCUAAACCGUACAGCAUGGAAAAUAUCUGUUUAGUGCAUUGUCCAUUUAAAGGUAAAGAGUCAUGGCCGACUCUGGGGUUGCGAUGCUCAUCUCGCUUUAUUGGCCAAGGGAGCCGGUGUACAGCUUCCGGGUCAUGUGGCCAGCAUGACUAAGCCGCUUCUGGCGAACCAGAGCAGUGCACGGAAACGCCGUUUACCUUCCCUCCGGAGCAGUACCUAUUUAUCUACUUGCACUUUGACGUGCUUUUGAACUGCUAGGUUGGCAGGAGCAUGGACUGAGCAAUGGGAGCUCACCCCAUCGUAGGGAUUCGAACUGCCGACCUUCUGAUCAUAGCAUCUGUGGUUUAACCCACAGUGCCACCCGCGUCCCAAUUGUUUGUUUACACCUUGUUAAAUAGGCACUAUCAGUGAAAUGUCUUUGCAGAGGCUGGGCAGCCAGCUGCCAGGGAGGGUGCUGUAGAAUUGUGCACUGCAAGGUCUGCACUGAGCUCUGAGCUGGGCUCACGGGCGCCAACUUGAAUAAAAUAUGCAUAAUCGAUCACAAGAUACAGCUUACACACACCAUUUGAAUGGCAAUGCCAAUCAAUGUUGGGGGAGACACCUCAAAUAUUUUAUUGGGGGGGCCCAAAGUGACCUCGGCCCCAGGGAGUUGGUUCCUAUGGCAGGGCUAGAUGAACCUCCAUUGCGCCAACUAAGAUUCCCACAUGUUUUGCAGAAGCAGAUCCCAUUCCAGUCCGCAUAUUGGGGAAGGCCACAAUAGUCCAGAAUUGGUGACUAUUAUUAUUAUUAUUAUUAUUAUUAUUAUUCAUUACUGAUACAAUGGUACCUCUGGAUCCAGAAGCGAACGCAACCCGCGUCCGUGCACCUGCGCAUGCGCGGGUCACGAUUCGCCGCUUCUGCGCAUGCGCGUUACGUCAUUUUGACCAUCUACGCUUGCACGAGCGGUAAAACCCAGAAGUAACGUGCUCCGUUACUUUUGGGUCGCCGCAGAACGCAACCCAAAAAUACUUAUCCUGAAGCUACUUCAACCCGAGGUAUGACUAUACUAUUAAUUACAUUUCUAUACCAGGGCAGUUUAGAAUAUAAAAGCACAAAACUGCAUACAUUCAUGCCUGAGCAUUUUUGCCAGCUUGCAAUUUUGCCCUCGAAAUCUGGUAACGCUGCUUGCUUGCUUGCUUGCCUGGAUGGAGGACAGAGAGGGGUGUGUGAGUGUGUGCAGGAACUUUUGCGACAAAGGUAAAAUAAGCAUUCCUUCCUCCACCUGCUUUUGCCUCUUGCCCCACCCAACCCUGGCACAUGGCCCUCAGAAGGUUUCCCAGACUGGAAUGCAGCCCUCAGGUUGAGGAAAAGGUUCCCAGCCCCUGGAGUAGUCUAACUGGAAGCGCUUGUGACCUCUGUGAUAGCGGCCUUUGGAAAACUACUGUAUUUUUCUCUCUAUAGGACGCACCCGACCAUAGGACGCACCUUGUUUUAGAGAGGGAGAACAAGGGGAAAAAAAUUCUCUCCCUCUUUGCGCAGCACCCCUUCAGCGAAACGGCAGGAGAAAUGGAGCCCCUUCCAUUUCUCCUCCUGCUUUGCUGAAGGGGCGCUGCGCAGAGAGGGAAAGCAGCGCAGCGCCUCUCCAACAAAGUGAAGCCAGGAGAGCCAGAGGGACCGAUCCCUCUGGCUCUCCUGGCUUCAGCGAAAGCAACCUGAAGCCUCCGGAGAGCAGCGGGAACUCCGGAGGCUUCAGGCAGCUAUCCCUGAAGCCUGGAGAGCGAGAGGUCGGUGCGCACGACCCCUCUCGCUCUCCAGGCUUCAGCGAAAGCAACGCGAAGCUUCCAGAGUGAGGCAGAAGCGCUCCCUCUACACUUCGGGGGCUUCUCAUUGCUAUCGCUUAAGCCACGGAGCCUGCAUUCGCCCCAUAAGACGCACACACAUUUCCCCUUAAUUUUUGGAGGGGAAAAAGUGCGUCUUAUAGAGCGAAAAAUACGGUAUUUUAUUUUCCUUGUGGUGAAACAUUGCACUGGGGAAUAAUAACAAGAUGGCAGGCCCCCAUUUCAAGGGUGGGACAACCCAGAACUGAACGCAAGGGAGUGGGAUGGAGGUUAGAAUAAUAAAAAAGAGAGAGAUUAUUUGCACAACCAAACCUCUCCUGAAAACCUCUCUCUUCAUGCUUCUCCUCUAGCCCACAUGCAUUCUUGGAUUAACGUGCCAUUCUGCUAAUUGCCAGAUUCCAAGCUAUAAUCGAGAGAGUCUUCAUGCCCUUCCAAUAUGAUCAGCUACUUGUAAUUAAGAUUAGUAUGGGUGGGAUUGGUAACCUGUGGCCCUUCAGAUGUUGUUGGGGCUCAUCAGCCCCUGCCAGCAUAAAUUUAUUAAAGCAUGGUAUUUAUUCAAGGGAAAGGCUGUAGCCCAGUGGUAGAGAAUCUGCUUUGCAUGCAGAAGGUUCAGUCCCUUGCAUCUUCAGGUAGAGAUAGCAGAGACUCUGGUCUGAAAUCGUGGAGAGCCACAACCUGUCAGCAUAGACCAGGGAUGGGGAAACUGUGGCUGUCCAGACAUUGCUGGACUCCAACUCCCAUCAGCCCUUACUAGCAUGACCAAUGAUUAUGGGAGUCCAGCAAACAGCUCAGGACCACUGUUUCCCUCCCCUGUUAGCAGAUGAGUUCUGAAGGGCUGUGCCAAAUCAACUUGGGAAUUAAGACACAUUUGUGGAUGUUAAAGCUAUCAGUGGCUGAUAGUCAUGAUGGCUGUGUUACCACCAGUAUCAGAGGUGGUGUGCCUCUGAGUCCCAGCAGAUGGGCAUCACAAAUGUGAGAGUGCCAUUGUGCUGGUGCCCUGCGGGCAGGCUUUCCAGAGGCAUCUCAUAGAUCACUGUGAGAAGAGGAUGCUGAACUAGAGAUACCUUUGGUCUGAUCAAACAGCCAGGCUCUUCUGCAGAAAGUGGGUUUGAGGAAAGGAUUUGAAAGAAGAGUGGGAGGUGGCAUCUUGAUGCAAAUUUCAGAGGACCACACUAGGAGCCUUAUUACUUAUAAGGCCCAGGACCUCCCUACGCACUACCCAGGCUUGGGACCCAGAGAGGUCACUUUGGUGCUGCUGACGCAGUGGUUUGACUUCACCCCUGGAGGUGCACUCCAUUGUUCCUUGAGACAGAGGAGUGCCAACAUCCCACCUUACCUCUAAGGAGCUUAAGGUAGAACACAUGGCCUGUCCCUUCUUCAUUUCAUCCUCACAGUGACCCUGUGAUGUAGCUUAGGCUGACAGUUUGGUGACUGGCCCUAGGUCACCUGGUGAGCUUCAUGGCUGAGUGAGGAUUGAAACCCUGGUCUCCCAGUUCCUAGUGCAAAAUGCUAACCACUACACCACACUGUUCUCUAUGGGAAAAUCAGAAGAGCCUGUUGCAUUGGGCCAAUGACCCAUCUAGUCCAGCAUCCUAUUCUCACAAUGGGCGGAAAGCAUACGUGACCAGUAGCCAUCAGUAGCCCUCUCCUCCAUGAAUUUGUCUAAAUCCUCUUUUAAAGCCAUCUAUGUUAGGGUUGCCAUAUGUCUGGAUUUUCCCAGGCAUAACCAGGAUUUCAAAGGUGGAAUUGAUGUCUGGGGAAAUUUUUCCAAAGGCGGUGCUUUGUCCAAGUCAAUUGAAAUACGGCAAACCUGCAUAGAAUCAUAGAAUGGUAGAGAUGGAAGGGGCCAUAAGAGUCAUCUAGUCCAACCCCCUGCAAUUCAGGAAUCUUUUGUCCAGUGUGAGAUUGGAACCCAGGACCCUGAGAUUAAGAGUCUGAUGUUCUACCGACUGAGCUAUGUCAUCCAGCUAUUCAAGUUGCUAGUUAAGCACUGACAUGUAAAGGUUCUUUUCCCAGCAGCACAUUUGGCUACUGAACAGAAGCCAUGACCUUCUGUUGCCAUUAUCUUGAUAAACUCACAGAGAACUGUUUUUCGAGGAAUAACUCAAAUAAGCAAUUUAGGAGCUUUCCAAUUUCCUCCUCUCAGCCCACCACAGUCCUCCCCCAGUCCUUCCCAGUCUGAGAAUUAGUGGAAUGGGGCCCUCCCUUGAGAAAGUUAACUUCCUCACUUGUUUCAAUGGUUUGUCUGGGGCAUCAUGUGAUUUCAAGCAGGGGUGAGUUGGGACAGGAAGUCUCCCAUGCUAGGUUUCAUUCAGCUCAUGUGACAAUUGAGGGGAAGUUUCUAUUUUUAUUUUAAAAAAAACAAAAAAACUUAAGCAGAAAGAUACAGCCCACUACAAAUCAGUGUUCUAUGAGAUGAGCAGAGAGAUCCUGAGGUGAAUUUCUCUCUGCUAUUAUUUGGAUAGAAAUAACAGAUAGAAAGGCAGAUGUUGCUAAUUUCCCCACAUUCCUUGCUUCCCCCAGGAAUGAAAGGUCCUAGGGGUCUGCUGCAAUGUUUAGCUGACAGAACAGCAUGAACUUAUCGUGACUUUGUAAUAUUUACUUUAUUACCCAAUAUAUAAGCAGAGCAUUUGGGAAAUAAAUAAAUACUCCUCCAUCAAGCAGCAAAUCCACCAACAAUUGUUUAAGAGCAUUAUAAAGCAUUGGUCUUCAGGUGAGCUCAGUAUUUACAACAGGGGUAGCUAAUGUGCUUCUCUGCAAAUGUUGGCGGACUCUACCACCCACUGUCACUCACUAUUGGCCAUUUGGAGAACAAUAGCUGGCAGUGGCUCUCCAUGGUUGCAGGCUGGUGUCUCUCCCAACCCUACCUGGAGACAGAUGCUUAGGGCUGAACCUGGAGCCUUCUGCAUGCACUGGGACAGAAUCCUUCUCCCAGAAUAGCAUUCUGGUUGUGGAAGGCAUAGCUGUCAACUUUCAGAUUUGAAAAUAAGGGAUCAGCAGCCUCACCUGUCCUGGGGACAGUCUUGUUGUUAUUGUUUAGUCGUUUAGUCAUGUCCGACUCUUCGUGACCCAUGGACCAGAGAACGCCAGGCACUCCUGUCUUCCACUGCCUCCCGCAGUUUAGUCAAACUCAUGCUGGUAGCUUCGAGAACACUAUCCAACCAUCUUGUCCUCUGUUGUCCCCUUCUCCUUGUGCCCUCCAUCUUUCCCAACAUCAGGGUCUUUUCCAGGGAGUCUUUUCUUCGGGAUAUCUAACAAUCUGGGAUAGCAGCGGGAAACGGCACAGGAUUAAGGGAAUUACCUGCAAAAAAAGGGAAGGUUGACAGCUAUGGUGGAAGGGGAAUUGUUGACAUUCACAUGACAAACUCAUUUUGUAUGGAUGAAAAUGCAUUUAGUUGUUACAACUCCUUACUUUGCACAUGCUCAGAAGAAAUGUUCCCUUUAUUGCUUCCCUGUGCUAUUCCAGUGCUAUAUUCGGACCUUAAAUGCCUAGGGUGAGCUUGAUUAUCAACAUUCCUUCCACUGAUAGAAAGACAAGCGACUGACUGUAAGAUGUAGUCUUCAUUCGAAGAAUGGUGACUAAACCACUUCAUUAAGAGCAAAGUGUAACACACAUACGAAGCCCAUUAGAAAUUCUUCAAACUUCCCCCAGGUCUAGUCUCUUAUGCUCUCCAGCUCUCUGUAAAACAGGGACUGGAAGUGCUCUAGACCAUGGCAAACUGGAACACAAUGAGCAUGGACUUGAUUAUACUGACAUUACACUAAUGAGGUUUCAGUUUCUUAUUUUCUCUGGUUUAGAUUCAGGUCUCUGCAUUUCUACACCAAUAAAAUAAAUCCUCAUAAAUAUGUCAGCAUUCUUGUGUUAAUUUCUCUUGAUAAACACAUCUUUGCAAGCUAUUUCCCUUUUUAUAAGGUAAUUUAUUUAUGUCAUCUUCACACAUAUAUGCAUUAUAUCCUCUUUCCCCCAAUAUACAUAUGUUGUACAGUGUUGGAGAACUGCAAAAUCUGCAGAAGUGAAUUUUGAGAGGGAGCACUUUACAUUCAUGUAAUGGUUCAAGUCAAAUGAAAUAGGUGAUUUCUCAUUAAAAUGCUAGCUGAAUCAGUUUUCUUUCUGAUCCCUUUAUUACAUUGACCCUGGUUCUUUUUUCUUCCCUUCCUAGGCCCAGUGGAUGACCCAGGCUGCACCCUUCAACCAGUCAGGAAUGACCAACGGGUCAAAAUGCUCUACACAACUAGCAGGGUUACGAGCGGUUGCGUGGGCCGUGGGCCCAGAGACACCAACAUGGAAGUCCACAUUCUUAACCUGAAGUACAGCAUCCCACAGGUGAGCAGCUCAUACAGCAGACAAAUGCCCCCUUCUUUCUUGGGAGAGUUCCUGCUUCUAGAGAUGUGGGAUUAUGUGGCACCUGUAGUAGUGCCAAUUCUGCUUAUUAAAGUGGUCAAGUGGGCACAUGUGGGGUAAGGCGAUCUCUCAGAUAAGCUGGUUCCAAGUUGUUAAGGGCUUUAUGUACUAAUAGUAGCACUUUGAACUUGACCUGGUAGCAAAUUGGCAAUCAGUGCAGACCUUUGAGCACAGCUGUUGUAUGCUGACAAGGCCUCACUCCCGUCAGCAACUGUGCUGCAACAUUCUGCACUAACUGCAGCUUCCAGAUCGAGUGUGAGGGAAGCCCCACACAGAGCACAGUGCAGAAAUCCAGGCUUGAAGUAACCGGAGCAUGAACUACGGUGGCAAUUUUUAUGUAAGCUGCCUCAGUAAGCUUCAAAUGAAAUAAUAAUAAUAAUAAUAAUAAUAAUAAUAAUAAUAAUAAUAUUUAUACUCCAUCCAUCUGGCUGGGUUAGUUUUAUUAAUCUGCAUCCAGAUCUCUCAACCUCUUGAAAACUGAUAAUAGCAGUGAGGUCAGGUGAUGGAGGUGUUCUCUUUCCCAUCUUCAGUGUUACUGUCACCACAACCCUGUGAGUUACGGAUUACCACAAUCGAAAUUGUUUGUUUGCAUGCUACUUUUCUAUGGCAAGCCAUGCUUGAAACCGGUCACAGCAUCAGAAUUAUUUAUUUUUCUUUGUUUCAUUCUCUUUACAUUCUUCCUACAAAAUAUCUUGAAGCAAUUUAAGAACAAAAGCAUAAAUGUUAAAAACAAUUAACAACAAUUUUGUAUACAAAACAAUUUAAACAUUUUAAUGUAUAAAAGCAAUUGUAUUCUGUCUGUCUGUCCAUCCAGCCUCCAGAUUUAUUGCUGGUGUAAUUAAUUGACUAAAAAUUCAUACAACGUGGCUGAAACCCUAUCCCAGUUUACGUGGGAAUAAGCUCAGUGGGAUUUACUUCAUGUAGACAUGUAUAGGAUUGCACUGUUUUCUGGAAUCAAGUUACAGCUCUAGUUAGUCACCAUUAUACACAGGAUCCCCCAGAACAGCCACUUAAGCACCAGUCUCUUCCAAAAAAAAAAAAAAAAAGAGGACAAGAGUAUGCGGUUUUGCAUAAAAUGUGCCUAUGUUGUAUAUAUGCAUGGAUCCACAUUUAGAAAGCAUUUAUAUCAUUUAUAUAAAUAAAUGCAUCUCACUCUGGUAGGGAAGUCUGGGUUGACCUGCUCUGUUUGCUAAAAAAAAAAAAAAGGCUGGUUGUGGAUGGGCAAUUUCAAGGUUCUUAAACUUUACACUGGAUAUAUUUAUUCGCUGUUUACAUGUAUAUCGCACCCUACUUCCAAGGUGGCAUGUGUGGUUAUCCCACUUGCCCGUUCAUCCUCACAAUGACCCGGUUUAGGUAGGUUAGGUUGAAAAAAAGUGACUUGCCCAAGAUCACCCUCUGCCUCCUGGUUUCCUUCUGAUCUCCUACUCCAUCUCCAGUUAAUGGUCUGCGCUGGCGGUUAAAAUGAAAUUUACAGAUUUUUCAGAGAGCCGGAAUCUUGUAAAUUUCUCUUUGCAGCUGCUCAGGCCUUCAGCAAUUGCCAGACAGGCAGCUUCUGAGGAGGAAAGGGAAGUAUUGCGAGUGUGUGUGAGCCCUUCACACCAACAGGCCACAGCUGCUUCGGAAAACACAACAGAUGCGGUCACGGAUUUCCCAGACCAACCCCGGCAGUUCCCCUUUUAAAUCUGGAAUGAACAGAUCCAGAAACAGGCAGGAUUCCCUUUGACUUCAAAACCUUCAACUGAAAAGCAACCUGUGUGGUGGCAGAACACACUGGGCACGGGGGGGGGGGGGGCACAGGGAUGGACAAGUGCCUCCCUGAACAUGUACUGACUUACUUGUUUACAGUGUUUAUAACCCAUCCUGCAGCAGCUGAAAAAAUCUGGUUCUAAUGAAACUGCAAAAAAGGCAUGGCACAUAAGGAAAAAAGAGAAUGGUUGGGAAGAGUGAAAUGCAAGCUUGAGCACAAGUUAAUUUAGGUUACAGUUCUUAGAGUUGCAGCCUAUAUCAGUGGCGGUUCUGGCUGCCUUGCCCUUGAUAAAUAGCAGCUCUCUUACCCCCCCCCUAAAAAAAACCAACAAAUUUAGGAGCAGAGCUGGUGACAAUUGCUCCGGCCAGGAGGAGAGAUCAGCUCCUGCCUCACACCAUACAUUUAAAGCACUGGGAUGUCACUUUAAACCAGAGGUCGGCAACCACAAGAGGCCCAUGCGGGUUGUUUAACUGGCCCAUGCACCCCCGCCACCCGCUCAGGGACCCCCGCUGCCCGCUCAGUCAGCUCUCCUGCAGCCAAUGGUAAACUGCGCACGCCUCCUCCGCACCGGAAGGAGCGCUGGAAAUAGCGUUUGCGCAUGCGUGCGUGCACGCGUGUACUCCAGCCCGUCGUGGGACCAUGAACUGACCCAAGUCACAAAAACUUUGCUGACCCCCUGCUUUAAACUGUGCUGGCUUCCCCCAAAGAACUCUGGGAGCUGUAGUUCAUUAAGGGUGCAGGGAGUUGUUAGUAGGAACCCCUAUUCCUCUCACAGGACUCCAGUUUCCAAAGCUCCUUGUGAAGAGGCAUCAGUUGUUAAUUUACUCUGGAAUGUCACCGUGUGAUGAGGAUGGGGGGUGUCCUCCAAAAACACCUCAAAUCCCUUAAAUUACUGCUCUCAGAAUUCUUGGGAGUUGGGAACCAUGGCUGUUUAAAUUGCUGUCAUAGCACCUUAAAUGUGUGGUGUGAAUGAGGCCUGAGGCCUGAUGGUAGAUAAAAUCCUCUCAGGAGGGGGCUUUCCCUCCUCCCUCAAAAUAUUGUGCAUGAUGCGGAGAAAGUGAAUAGAGAAACAUUUCCGCCCCCCCUCGCUCAGAAUACUAGAACUUGAAUGAAGCUGAAUGUUGGAGGAUUCAGCACAGAAAACAAAGAAGAAAAAUUCUCACUGUGCAUAGUGAAAUUUGGGGAUUCACUCCCACAAGAAAUAGAGGUGGUCUCCAAUUUGGAUGGCUUUAAAAGAGGAUUGGACAAAUCUGUGGAGGACAUCAACGACUGCUAUGGAAAUAGAUGUUAACAGAGGAAAUUGCUUGCAAAAAUGGUAUGUCAGGAAGAGCUGUAUAUAACAACAUGCAUAUCGGGAGAAAGGCACACUAAAGUGCUCACAUUUUUAUGAGGACUUUUUGUUUCAGUUUAAUAUUCAUUCUUUCAUUCAUUCAUUCAUUUAUAUUCUACCUUUCCUCUAAGGAGCACAAGGUGGUACACAUAAUCCCCCCCCCCCCAUUUUAUCCUCACAACAACUUUGUCUGAGCAUGAGUGACCGACUGAAGGACACUCAGCGAGCUUUGUGACCAAGAGGGGAUUUGAAUCCUGGUCUCCUGGGUCUUAGUCGAACACCCUAACCACUACAGCACACCAUCUCUCUUGUGGGGGUGCUAAGUGUGAUUCAUUAACACCCCAAGCCUCUAAACAAAAGGUUGAGGGGCUAUUAUAGUGCUAGGGUGGCAACUAAACUUUGUACAAGACAGCUACAAUAUUUGUAGUCGGCAUCAGAGAUUUCUGUCCCACUUGUGGAAAGUGAGGAGCUGGGCCUCUGAGGUCCCUCACUGCAUAUCACACAGAAACAAAGACAGAUCUGCUUCGAUACAGGCAAAGACACACAGAAUUGUUGGUUUCCUCUUCAAGCUUUGUGUUUGAAGCCUGGGUGUGAUGCUUACCCCCUAUAUUAACUGCAGUGAGAGGGAGACAGGUUGGUGAGAACCUGAGGUCCUCUGUGCUUUUCCUGCAAAUGCUUUCUCUAGGUUGCAUGAGGUGCAUACAAAGUUCAGCAGCAUCACAUGUGCUGGUUUGCUUGCUGUUUCAUAGAUGGCAGCACUUUUCUUUUAACUUGCAGCCACUUAAGAGGCAGAAAAGUCUCCCAUGUUAAAAUUUCUCUGUGACUACCGUCCAAGCACGAGGGAGAACUGCAUGGGCUGCUUUGGAUUACCUGGAAAUUUCCAUUGCAUUCAUUUACAGUGCUGAAGAGGCAGCACCCAUGUUGGCACUGACCUGUGAUAGGGCCUUCUUGGUGGCUGCUCCCUGUUUGUGGAACGCUUUCCCAUUGAGGUGUGUCUGGCCCCGCUUGUGUUACCAUUCUGCAGAAAGACAUGGAAGGUCACUUCUGAAAUGGGCUUGAGGCAAACCAUAUGUACCCAUUUUCAUCCAGUGUGGCGUAGCGGUUAAGAGCGUCAGACUAGAGACCAAGGUUCAAAUCCCCCACUCGGUCAUGAAGUUCGCUGGGUGACCUUGGGCCAGCCAUUGUCUUUCUGAGCGUAAACUACCCCUACAGGGUUGAUUGUGGGCAUUAAAUGAGGAGGGGGAGAAGAACCACAUGUGCUGCUCAUUUUGCGCUCCUAGGAGAAAAAUGUGGGACAUAAAUGCAACAAUAAAUAAACGCAAUAUCGUAUUUCCCUGCAUUCUCUUCCCUCGGCCAUUAAACAAGCCACCGGCCUUUGGCGACAUGGACGGACAGGCCCGGAAGUGGCUGAGGCCUAGAUGCGGAGGAAAUGACAUUCACCCUAUCCUGCCAGUAAAUAGGAUGGGAGCAAAAAUCCCCCUCCUGUGUUUACAAAGGGGUUGGUGGGAGGGUGGUUGCGUAGCAGCUGGCCCCUGAUGUCACAGCUGUGGCAUCCAGACAACUGGCUCCCAGCCCCGACCGAGCGUCAGGGGAGGGUAGGCCAGGGCGGGCGGUCAGGCUCCAGCCCGAAAAGAAUUACUGGAAGCCGGUUUCUAUAAGCAGAUCCCAGUGCUCGAGCAGGCAGGAGAAAGCCUGCCGCCAUUCUGGGGGGGAGAGAAAACAAUGGCUUCUGAAAAAGGGCAGGGGGCUAAAAAUAGAUGCGGGCCUCUGCCAAGGCAGGACGGCGGAGACUCGAGGGGUCCUGUGGCCGCCCCCACAGAGCCGUGUUUAUUCAUUAGCUCAUGCCACUGCUAUGGAGCUGAAUGUGUUGAGAGAGAGAGAGCACUUGGGUCUCUCUCUGGUCGUGUUUUUUGUUUUGAUUUUUCCUGUGCUCCCGCCACCCACAAGCCUCCUACAAAUUUCGGAGAGAACUGCUUUGGUAGCAGUGGGCCGGGCAGAUCAGUCCAAGGCUACAUGUGCCACUGAGGUCACUGGCCUCCAGGUCUGACCUGAAGUUUCCAGGUUUGCCUAGACCUGUCCAAGUUUGGGGAAGGCUGAAUCUCCAGGUGUGUAAGAGUGAUGGUGAGGAAAAGAAGAUGAAGACGAAGAUGACUGGCAGGAUCUGGCUACAAAUUAUAGCAUAGGCAAUCUUGUAGGGUUGGAGUGUCUGCCCUCCUUCACACCCCUCUCCCAAUUAACCUCCACCUCUAGGUCCCCACCCCACCAUAUCAACUGGGGCUGCCCCCAUGUCUCAGGUCUGGGCCCUGAAAUUGCAGAGUCUAGGAUGCUCCUGACCUGGCAAUCCUAUGUACUGGGAGAGAGAGGGGGUCUCUUCUGGAGUUAGGACAGUAAUGACCAGAAAUAAAGAAGCAAUGCUUCUCAAAGCUAUUUAUUGAUUUCAUUUGCAUUCCUCCUUUUGUAUGUUCAUCCUUACUGUGAGAUAGGCUAAGGUGAGAAACUGAGUGGCCCACAGUUACCCAGUGAGCUUCCUAGCCAAGUAGGGAUUUGAACCCUGGUCUCCCACAGGUCCUAGUCCAACAUUCUAGCCAUUACACCACAUUGGCUCUCCCUAUUGGGGAAAAACUGGUAACCAGGUAACUUCUGUGCCUGUUCAGUCAGCUGUCCAGGUGGGCAACUUCAAGGUCUCCGCUGCAUGCCCUUCUUGUUUCAGGAUCCUCUGCUUCAUCACCUUAAAAGAACUCCUGGCCCCUAACACAAACUAAAUUUUUACCUUGCCUAUACUCCGCAAUGUCAGAAUUACACAGGGGACAUGUCCCACCACCAUCCUUGGCCUUCUCUGGUGCCACCAGGCAGCAGCUCCCACUGAGCUCCUGGGAUGGAUAUAUUCACUUUUAUUUCUUUUGCAAAAUUUAUAUUAUUAUAUAUUUGUUUGUUUGUUUAUACCCAGUGUUUUUUUUUCAGGGGGUACGCAGGGGUAUGCAUACCCCUAAACAUUUUGUGAAUCUUUGUACUAAUGUCCAUUUACUGUAUUUAUUUUCCCUGAUUUGAACUAUAAAAUUGUGAUUUUAUUGAGUCAACAUGAGAGUACCCCUGAACAUUUUAAAAGAAAAAAAGCACUGUUUAAACCCCAUCUUUUCCCCUGAUGGGACUCAAGGAAUCUUACAGAUAAAAACAAGAACCUCUAAAAACAUAGAAAAACAACAACCAUAUUAAUAGAUUUAAAACUUUAUGCAUAUAUAAAAUCAGUUUAAAACAGAUAAAGAAUUACAAUAAAUGCAACACGGCAUCAGCCCUUUCAUCCAAAGCCAUCAAUUCCCAAAGGGCUGUUGGAAUAGGAAGGUCUUCACUUGCCGGCAGAAGCACAGCAAGGAGGGAGCCAGUCUGGCUUCUCUAGGGAUGGAGUUCCAUAGUCUGGGAGCAGUCACCACCGAGAAGGCCCUCUCCCGCGUCCCCACCAGGCGUGCCUGUGAGGGUGGAAGGACCGAGAGAAGGGCCUCUCUUGAAGAUCUAAAAAACCAGGCAGGUUCAUAUGAGUGAAUACAGUCUUUCAGACAGCCUGGACCUAACCUGUGUAGGACUUUAUAGGUCAUAACCAGCACUUUGAACGGUGCCCGGAAAAAUACCAAUAGCCAAUGGAGCAUUUCUAGCAAGGGAGUUGUAUGCUCCCUAUAACCACUUGAUAUAUGUCACUUGAUUGUAAAAAUAUCAACCCUCAAAUUGGUGUAGAACAAGAAUAAAACAAUAAAAUCAUUGUGUUUCUGACUGCCAUCACACUCUGCCUCUUUCUCCCAGUCCAAUGUCUCUUGGAGGUUCUUGCCACUCCAAACCUACCCCACAUCUUAACAUUUUAUUUUACAAAUUUAUACCCCACACUUUCAUAACUAUACAGGGAGGCAGAGCACAACAUAUAAAAGGAUAAAAUCAACCAAUGAUCCUUGAAAACAUCAUUGAAACAUCAGCAAAUAUUGAUGGAUAAAAAAAGAAAAAAUUCACGUUGUACAAGCCUGUCUAAUAAAAGAAGUUUUCAAGAAACCUCUGGCAGAAGGGAGAGAUCCUGCCAAGCCUUUGCUGGUUCCACAGGGCAGAGCCUGCAACGCUAAAGACUACCGCUUGGGCAGGAAUCUCUUCACCUGUCUUGAAACACUUGACUGAUGAUCCUCCUUUCCAUUUCUCUGCCAGAUGCCCUUGAUCCAGUUCAGCGUCAAUGUGUCAGCAGCAAAAGGAGGCCGGAAGGUGGUUUUUGUGGUGAACUCCAACAAGUACUCCAUUCUGAAUGUAAAUACAGGGGAUCACCGCCUUGCCUUCGUCACGGUGAGUACCUGGGCUGAGCCACAUCCUGCAGACCUUGUAUAAUCAACAUCAGGGUGGGGAGCCAUUUUCAAGCAUGAAAGGAGGGGGUAAAGCAAGACCAGAGAGUGGGGUGGCCUGGGGAGAGACCUGGAGGUCAGGCAGAGAGACCUGAAGGGUUUUUGGGCCUGAUGUAUAAGAAGUGUGGUGAUAGGCUGGAAGGGAAAGAGUGAGAGGUGAUGCUCUUCCAUUGCUUUGCCCUUUCAAUCUUUCCCUCAUUCUCGACUGGGACUUGGCAGCCAGUAGCUUGACCCACCUGGAAUAACUGGGUACAUGGCUUCAUAUGCUGUGACAGGCUCCAGAGGAGUCUGUGACCUUCUGUCUUCUUCUCCACAGCUGAAAGAAAUCUCCCAAAUUCCAGUUCUGUAAGGAUAGUGAUAAGCUACAGAAGAUGGAGGGAGGGUAUUAAUCCUGGGGUGGUGUCUUUCUUUAUCUUAGCAGUUGAGAGAAGGGGAAGGUAUGUGGAUUCCAGAAACUGAAGAAGACCAGUCAAAUUUGUACGCUAGCAAAGGACCCUCAGCAAACAAGAUCCUUGGUCAUGAGUUAAUCAGGGCAGGGCAGCAGGGGGCUAGGAAACACACUGCAUUUUGCAGGGGGGGGCAGUUACAUUUCAGGUGCUUUAAGUGUACAUCAGAAACCUUUAAGUGUGGGUGUAACAAUAACUUUUUCAAAAAUGCAUAUUACACAAGUUUUGCUCUCAUCAGGGAGACAUAGACCCUCCUGGCCCUGCUUUACUCUCCAGGUGGCUGGAAGUGGUGGGGGCCAUAGACCAAAACAUCUCGAGGGCACCAGGCUGGCAAAGGCUGCUGAAAAAAAAAGCAAAAUCAAUGGGAUUGAGCACAUGGCUCUGUCACGUGAAGCUUUGCCAAUGAGCAGGAACACAUAUGUGUACUGGGGAAAACACAGUAGAAGAGUUUGGAUUUGAUAUCCCGCCUUUCACUCCCUUUAAGGAGUUUCAAAGCGGCUAACAUUCUCCUUUCCCUUCCUCCCCCACAACAAACACUCUGUGAGGUGAGUGAGGCUGAGAGACUUCAGAGAAGUGUGACCAGCCCGAGGUCACCCAGCAGUUGCAUGUGGAGGAGCGGAGACUCGAACCGGGUUCCCCAGAUUACGAGACUACUGCUCUUAACCACUACACCACACAGAAUCGCAAUAUAAUGUGUGGUCUUGUCAACACUACUCAUUUUGAUGGGGGCAGUGUUUCCUCAACAGACACAUGAGCAUCCAGGGCAGCCCUUUCCAACUCAGUGACCUCCAGAUGUUUUAGACUACAAUCCCAUUGGUUGCAGUCCAAAAUAUCUGGAGGCCACCAUGUUGGAAAAGUCUGGAAUAGGAAGGAGAAGCAAAUGGACUGGGGGAGUCAAAAGCUGUGGCAAACUUCAUAUUCCAGUUCCAGGUUUAGAAAUUAUCCUUGUCAAAAGUGGAGUUCAAGGGGAAUGGGAAGCAGGACUGGGGUAACAUGGGAACUGAAUGGUGGCAUCCAGUGAAGCUGGAUAUCGGGAAAUUUGAGACAUAUGAAAGGAGGCAUGUCUUCAUGGGGCAUGUAGUCAGGCUGUGGAAUUUGUUCCCACACAAUGUGACAAUGGCCACCAACUUGGUGAGAAGAAUCCACUGAGGUUAUGGCCACCAAUGGCUACUAGUCAUGAUGAACAUAAGGCUAACGUGCUGGAUCAGGUCAGUGCCCCAUCUAGUCCAGCUUCCUGUUCUCUCAGCAACUAGCCAGAUGCCCUCUGGUCCCCAACAAUUGAUAUUCAGAAGCAUUUCUGCCUACAACUGGAAGCAUAGUCCUCAUGGCUCAGGUCUUGCUUGUGGGAUUCUCACUGCGGCAUCAGGUUAGCCAACUGAGAGGAGAAGAUGCUGAACCAGACAAGUUUUUGUUCUGAUCCAGCAGGGCUCUCCAUUUGUUCUUAACCAGAGGAGCAAUAAAGGAAAGCACUUUGACCACAACUCCCACUAUCCCUGCUUAUGGGCUAUGCUGGCCAGGGAUUAUGGGAGUUGGGAAUCCAAGAAUAUCUGUCGGACCACUGGUUCCCCAUUGAUGAGCUGGAGCACGAUGCUUGCUCCUGGGUAUGUCAGUCCAUAGGGUCAGUGGACUAUUGACUGACAGAUUGCUUGAUUGUAUUUAUACCCCAGCAUUCACAACAGCCCCAACCUAUCUCACCCAAAGGAGUGGGUGAAGGAACCUCAUAUCAAGGUACCAUAAAAUAUAAACACAUACACACUCAUAUACCAGGCAAGCAAGAGUCAUUAUUGGUUUACAAUUGCACAGGCUGCUCAGGUAUUCUGGGAGAGGUUUGUAGAAGCAUGCAUACAAGCAGGAAGGGACUGCAAUGUCAGUGGCACUGAAUCAGGAUGGCUGCUCAACACUGGCUGCAAAAAGUGUUCUCCAUUGCACAGCAUGCGCCAGCCUGCUCUUGCCAUUGGGAUGCAGAGUAGUGCAUGCAGGCAUCUCAAAAAACCCAUGCAGGCUUACAUAGUGCUAUCCUGGAUGUGCCGUUAACGCCGUUACCACAGGCACCUUUUUAGUGACUUAGUUACCAAACAGCUAGAUGCAGGUUGACUAGCGCAUGGGCCUCAUGCUUGGAACAGACCAAGGAUCAGUCUCAGCAUACAGAAGCAUAAGAAGAGCCCUGCUGGAUCAGAGCAGAGGCUCAUCUAGUGGAGUAUUCCAUUCCUAUAGUGGCCAGCCAGGUCCCUGUGGGAAGUCCCAAGGAGGACAUAAGCACAACAGCUACAUCUUAGCUCCUGCAUCAGACACAGUGUACCAGAUGCUGGCAUGGCUGGGUGAAUGUUACCCUUGAUUACCUUAUCCUCCAUGGAUUUGUCUAGUCCUAUUUUUAGAGCCGUCCAAGUUGGUGGCCAUAAAGACACCUUGGGGAAGCGAAUAAAUGUCAAGAACUUAUCUGUCUGCCGCCACUGUGUGAAAAAGGACUACCUUGCGCAUGUCCUGGAUAUCCUACACUUUUGCAUUAUUGGAAGACCUUGAAGGAUUCCAGUACUGUAUUUAGGAGAGAGGGAGGGAAACCUCUCCCUUUCCCUCUCCACUCCAUGCCAAAUUUUGUGCCCCUUUGUCAUGUCACAACCCAUGACUUUGCAAGGCCCCCACUUCCUCUGCCCAUGGAUCUCUCUGCCGGGAGACUCUGUGACGCAGAUAACCUGGGGAAAAUCUCCCAUUUCCUCUGGCUGUUUGGCAUAGGGUCAGGGAUGGUGCUUGGCUCCAGCCAGCUCAGCCGAGCCUGUGAGCUUUGUUAGCAAAAUAAAACCCUUUUCCUAUUUGUGUCUAAUAAUAAAAAAGGGCUGACAAUGGAGGCGGGAUGGGGGAGGGCAGUGGCGCGAGAGGCACAAUCAGAUGCAGUGCGGCACCAUUAGUUCAAGCUGGAGGGCAGGCCGCCACCCCCCACCCCCCGCUGCCACUGCACUGCCUUCUUGGACGUUCCAUUCCGUGCCCUGUAUGGGGUCAGGAGGGAGAUGGAGGUGUGCAAGGCAGCUCUUAGUCACCUUUUCUCUCUCCAUUCCUUGCAUUGUUGGCUGGCAAAAGGGAACCUUUAGGCUGUGACAAAUUGGGUGGGGGGAUGAGCCACCAUCUCCUGGAAAAUCCCAAAGCCAGGCCAAACUAGCUUCCUGAUGAGACACCCCUUCCAAAAUACUGGUUUUUGAAAAGUCUGAAAGAUUGAGAAGAGUUGUGUUGGUUUUUCUUUUUAAGAAAAGAAAGAAAACACACUUUUUGGAGUCUUAGUAAGUAAUCUGGUUACAGGUAGGUCACAAUCUGGUUACAGGUAGGUAGCCGUGUUGGUCUGCCAUAGUCGAAACAAAAUAAAAAAAUUCCUUCCAGUAGCACCUUAGAGACCAACUAAGUUUGUUAUUGGUAUGAGCUUUCGUGUGCAUGCACACUUCUUCAGAUACCAAUAACAAACUUAGUUGGUCUCUAAGGUGCGACUGGAAGGAAUUUUUUUAUUUUGUUUCGAUCAGUUUCUCAGUUUUCCUAUCUUAAAUCCAGUAACCCCCAUCCCACAUUCUGCAGUAAUUGGCAGUAAUUGGCAACUGGGGGGGGGGGGGGACCCUGUGAAAAUGCACCAGCUUUUUAGUGCGCCCUGGUGUGAGAAGGACGCAACAGCUGACGACACCCUGGCAGUCCUGGGGGCUGGCUGGGCAUUGUGAGGAAUGCACCCCACAAAAAAUUCUGCUCAGGGUGACAGCCCCCCAGCCUCCCCCCCCCCCCGUGCUAUACCUCUGAGUCUGAUUUGUACUAAUAUCAGCCAAGGGAGGGCAAAGUCAGCCAUGCAAACCCCAUCCCAUGUUUUCAUCUUUCUUAACAAACGGGAUUUAAAAGUAAAAUAAAAUGGAAAUUCCCAAAUAUGUUGCUCUUUCUAAGGUUGGUUGUGCAGCUAUUCCUUCAAAGAAUUCCUUUUGAGCCUGGCCAACCUCACAGGAUUGAUUGUUUGACGCCUGACUCUUUUCAGCUUUCAAGGCAGACAACAAUAGGUUAUAAAAUUCCUUUGAUCGUGGGGGGAGAUUAGCUGUCAGCUUCUGCCUGACCUCUCUGACUUGUUCUUUCCUCUCUGUGCUGAGAAGGUGACUGGGGGGUCACAGAGAGCCUUUGUGUCAUUCCUUUUCCGUAACCUACAUGGGGAUAGAAAGUGUAAAAAUAAAUUCUGAAAAUUGUAGCUGACAGAAGUAACUGCACAGUUAUUGGUGUGCCAAAAAUCAUUUCCUGUUUCCUUCUUGGAUGCCCAAAAGUGUAAGUGCCAUCUCAUAAACAGCUUAGAACUGCAGUACCUCAAAGACCACCUCUCCCGAUCUGAGCCAACCCAGACCCAGUGAUUAUCAUCUGAGGCCUUUCUUCGUGUGCCUCCCCCACAAGGCAUGCAGCGGGUGGCAAUAUGAGAACAGGCCUUUUCUGUGGUGGCCCCCCAUUGCGGGAUGCUCUUCCCAGGGAGCUUCGCCUGGUGCAUCCAUUCCAUAUCUUUAGGUGCUAGGCAAAAGAUUUCCUCUUCUCUCAGGCCUGUGGGACUUUGGGGUUAUUAUUUUAUGUAUUUUUGUGUUUUCAUAUUUUAAACUGCCCUGCGAUCCCCAGAUGAAGGGCUGUAUAGAAAUUUAAUAAAUAAAAAUAAAUAAAAUAAAUGUUACAGGCAUCAUCAUGGAGCAGUGACCAAACACCCACUGUAAUGACAUUACAGCCUCCAGUCUUUCUCUGAUAAAAAAGCAGGGAUGUCCCUGAGCUAGGAAGGCAUGUUGGAAGAUUCAGGACAGAUAAAAGAAAGGACUAUGGAACUCCCUCCCACCAUAAGCAUUGAUGGCCACUAAACCAGAUGGCUUCAAAAGAGGAUUAGUCAAGUUCAUGCACGAAAAGGCUAUCCUCUGCCUCCACAGUUGGUGGUAGAAAUGCUUCCGUAUCCCAGUUGCUGCAAACCACAGUGCCCUUGUGUUUAGACCCUGCUUUUGGGUUUCCCACAGGCAUCUGCUUGACCACAGUAAGAACAGAAUGCUGGACUACAUGGGCUACUGGCCUGAUCCAGCAGGAUCUUCUCGUGCUCUUAUGUGCCCCCCCUCCCAUGUCCAAGGAGGUUGUCUAGAAGGGAUGUAGCACUCAGGUUGAAAACGGUUGCCCUACCCUGCUGUAUUUAAAUACUACACCUCCACACAGAGACAAUUGGUGUUUCUGGAAGUGAAGAAAAUUUAAACAGGGCUCAUGUGCAAUGCACGUGGGUUCAAAGUGUACAAUCACUUGCAAAAUGUGUGCAGUUAAAUUAUGAAAUUUGCUGCCCUUAUUUGAGCAUGAUGUCUUCACAUGGAGAUCCAAUGAUGUCGAAGUAGGUGCUGCAGGUGAGGUUGGGAGGAAGGCACCCAUAGGUUGUCACUCCUGCUCCUCCCUAUGUAAGUGGAGCAGUUAGGGAUGGGGGAGAAAUUUUGUUUGGUUUGCAUUUUAAUGCAAACUAACAAAUUGAUAGUUCACAAAACAGUGUGCAAACCAACAUGUACCUACCCGUCAAAACUCCCCCUUUGCAAAUUUUGUGAUGCAACUUUCCAACCAAAAAAUGAGUACAAACAUGAAUUUAUUAAUGGGAAGUGUGCACAAAAAUACAUUUAAUCAUGAAAGUAACAUUUAAAAUGCAUUAUAUUAGGGGGUAUAGCUUGCAAAAAUGAAGGCUGGAAAAAAGGAGAAACUGAGAAGAAACCAGAAAUGACUGAUUUGUCCACUGCUCUGAGUGACUGGGCAAUAUAUCACCUCAUCCAGCUCCCUGUCUCCUGACCGCGUGGAACUCCCCUUUUAAUAAUAGAAAAGUGAGGCCAAAGUUGCAAGACCCAAUACUGUCCAAGGACUAUCUCUCAAUGUUGUGCUUGAAUCCAGACAUGAAAUACAUGGAGGAUUUAUAGAGUGCAGCUCUCAUUGCCAAGAGGAAACACUAGGGCCCCUUUUUCAGCCAGAACUCGAUGGAACUCAAUUCUAGCAUCUCUCAGGUCUCCAUUGCUAUUAUAAGAAAAUGAGGGAGGUGUUCAUGGUGAGCUCCAGCAUCUAUUUUCUAUAAAAAUAGCACAGGGAACACUCUGCCUGAUUUUAUUCUGCUGUACAUUUCUUUUCCAGGAUGUGCAUAAACUCACGGUCAUGGGGUCCAACAAAGAAAUCAACAAAACCGAUUUGCCUUCCUCCAAUGCGGAGAUCCUAAAUUGGGCCAAAACCUAUUAUGGGGGUGUCAGCACCUUUGUAGAAUUGGAAGACCCUCAGAAGAUUAACUUUCAAGUCAACAGAGGUCAGUUCUGUUAAGAUGGUGUUUCUUAAGUCAAAGUGUAGCAGGAGUCCUCCCUAUAGAGCACCCUUCCUCAAUCUGUGGUCCUCCGCAUGUUGUUGGACUACAACUCCCAUCAAUUGCUGGCUGAGGCCGAUGAGAGUUAUAGUUCAAAACAUCUGGAAAACACCAGGUUGGUGAGGAAUGCUACAGAGCCACAAUGACUUGCUAAGGGGACCUUACCCCACCUGAUCCAAAUCAUUUGCAUGCAGUUACUAAUGAUGUGGGUGGCGCUGUGGGUUAAACCACAGAGCCUAGGGCUUGCCAAUCAGAAGGUCGGCAGUUCGAAUCCCCGUGACGGGGUGAGCUCCCAUUUCUCUGUCCCAGCUCUUGCCAACCUAGCAGUUCGAAAGCACAUCAAAGUGCAAGUAGAUAAAUAGGUACCACUCCCGCAGGAAGGUAAAUGGCAUUUCUGUGCAGUGCUUUAGUUUCACCAGAAGUGGCUUAGUCAUGCUGGCCACAUGACCCGGAAAAACUGUUUGUGGACAGACGCCGGCUCCCUUGGCCUAUAGAGCGAGAUGAGCGCCGCAACCCCAGAGUUGUCCACGACUGGACCUAAUGGUCAGGGGUCCCUUUACCUUUACCUUUUACUAAUGAAUUAAAUUGAGUUCAAUUGAUGUUUUAAUUGAUUAGAUCUGCAUGAAUUUGGAUUUGACUAAAAACACUGAAUGAAAAAUGGGCCAUAUAUGGGUGGCUUUACAUCCACUUUGCAAAUCACAAUCGAUCAGAAGACAGCCCUGUAGUUGAAGGGCUCUUCUCUUUGAAGCACUGACCAAGAGAAAGCAGGAGUGGUCCUGAAGUUGCCUAUCCAGAGUGAACACCUGAACAGAAAAGUCAGUAGGCACACUAGUCACCUGAUCGGUCUUUCCCACCAGGGUGAGAUGUAUUGUGCUUCUUCUUAUAGUCAUUUUUCUAAAAUUCCAUCAGUGCAUUUAAAUCAGCACAUCCAAAUUUUAUGCAGACCUGUAUCCUCUUUUUCUUAGUGAAUGAUUUCCUCUUUUUUGUUGAUACAUAAACAGUCAAAUCAUUGCAUGUGUUUUUCUCUUAUUGAGCAUCAGCCAUCUCCUGCUCUUUCUGCCUGAGCAAGUUUCCCACAAUUGUUCUUUUGUCUCCUUCAGAGCCCAGCACCUCUGAGGAAUGUGUACCUGAGAGCUAUUUUGAUGCUGAGCCGUACCUAGAGGCUGAGUUUGACUCUGAUAAUACCAAGAGCUGUCUGGAUUCCACUGUACACCCUGGAAGAGAGGCCCACAUCAUGUGGCUCCAGCAGAGUCCUCCAGACUCUGGGUAAUUUGGUUGCAUGGAUCUAACUUCUGACUUGCGAGUAAAUUAUGCAAAUAAUAAUGUUCACAUUUCCACCAGUUUUGUCCUGCAAUAUUCUUGUGUGGCCUAUGACAUUUUUGGCAAUGAUCAGGCUGCAAAAAUGGGUAAGGAAGAAGGCUUGAGUUGAUAGUACAGGUCCACAAUGUAUAGCCAUUUAAGAGACUUACCACAAUAAACAUUUGGUGCUUCCUGACGCUCCCCAAAAAGAAAGAAACUGUAAAGAGGAAAGAUUGGUGUUAAUAUAUGUUGGCAAGGAGGCACAGACUUGAAAAAUUGGAGGGAACAGAUAAGCCGAUAGAUAUGGGAAAUAUUAUAUUCAACUCAGUAGAAAAAAUAAGGACACACCCACCUUAAUAGAAGUACAUAAGUCUUGAUAAUGAUCAAAAGGUUGGCCAGCCCAAGCCUGAGGUUCCCUAACUUUGAACAUUAGGAAUUAGAUAAAUUAACCUUAACAAUUAUAAAGGGAAGGAAACUUAGCCUUUUAGAUCAGAAUUCAUAGUGAUACACAGAAAGAUCUGCCUCAAUAGAUACUGUAAGGUUGAUUACCUUAAUGAAAAAGAAAGAGCAAUCAACCUUAUAGGUAGGCCUUAAUCAAUUUUGAUAAAUCAGCUUAAUAGCGAGGUAGCAUUAGUAAAGGUAGGGAAGAAGAAAAGUCUAUUCAUAUUCUGAUCCAUGGUCAACUGGGAGACUAAUGGACAAUUUCUGGUGUCUACCAGUUGUGGAAAUUUUUGCAAAGAGGCCUUGACUAAGCUGUAUCACAGUCCUGUCUUAAGCAAAAGGUGCAUAUUCAGGAUCACUGAACACAGAUUAGCUAUGCCUGUUGAACCAUUAGAGAUCGUGAGUAUUGCUUUGCCUUUGUAAAUUUAAAACACACCAGGGGACCAUGAGAAGUCUUGUUGAAAAUAACAACAGAGCAGACUAGACAAGACCAAAGCCAGCCUUCCUCUGAUGUUAAUGCCUUACAUGAUGCAGGUGACAAACACAGGCUGAAUAGCAAGGCGGGUGUCAUGUUGGUGAUUAACAUGCUAUUCCAGUCUGGUCUACCAAAGGGGGAUCUGCUAGGUGUUGCAUGGGCUGUUAAAAAGAAAUACCUUGCUCAACAAUGAGCCCUUAUCAUUUAUCCUUGGGUUUGUUCUCCAGCACACAGGCUGUGGAUCUGAACAUCAACGUGACAUGCAAUAAUGGAAAACCAGCUAAGGAGCUGACCACGCUACUAGUGCUUAAAAGCCAUGAGAGGAUGUUUUGGAACAUUGAUCAGAUGCCUGAAUAUGUGAAAUUCAUGGUAAGAGUGGGAGAGAAAUGCCCUCUGGCUGCUGAAGUUAUGGGCUUAGAACUUCAUGAUUACUAUUAUUCAUAAACGCAAAGCUAGAUGUGUUGAUCCAGACAAAAAGGGCAUGAAGGAGGACAUUCAGCUCCUGGGCCUGAGAUUUUCCACCUCUGCCUUACAUAUAAGAAGACCAUUCUGCUUCUCACAGUGGCCAAUGAGAGGGUUAUGGGGAGUCCGCAAGUAGGGCAUGAAGGCCUCUGCUAUUGAAGCUCCCUGCAGGAACUUGUAUUCAGAGGCAGACAGAGUGGUGCAAGGGUGAAAGAUCUGCCAGUCACACCAAACUGUGAUUAGGGCUGGCCCAACACUUUUCAGCCCCUGAGGCAAACCCCAAAAUGGCAUCUCCCCUCCCCACCAGGGAAGAAUGGGGUCAAGGAAGACCAAUAUCAGGAACAAGGGUGGAAGGAAGGAAGGAAGGAAGGAAGACAUUGAGAGAUGCUGCCCUGGUGGACCCUGCUGCCUGAGGCGGUUGCCUCAUGGACAUUGUAGCCAAUGCUACAAUAAUGGGCAUUGGUAAAAAGGUAAAGGGACCCCUGACCUUUAGGUCCAGUCACGGAUGACUCUGGGGUUACAGCGCUCAUCUCGCUUUAUUGGCCAAGGGAGCAGGCAUACAGCUUCUGGGUCAUGUGGCCAGCAUGACUAAGCCGCUUCUGGCGAACCAGAGCAGCACACGGAAAUGCCGUUUGCCUUCCCACUGGAGUGGUACCUAUUCAUCUACUUGCACUUUGACGUGCUUUCGAACUGCUAGGUGGGCAGGAGCUGGGACUGAACAAUGGGAGCUCACCCCAUCCCGGGGAUUCGAACCGCCGACCUUCUGAUCGGCAAGCCCUAGGCUCUGUGGUUUAGACCACAGCGCCAGCAACAUUGGUAGUCAUGUGCUAAAGAAACAAAAUUCUUAGACACUGUUUUUCAGGAGAGGAACAACAUCAUAGGUAAAACUGUUACAAUUCCCCAGCUAUCAUCACAGAAUAUAUUCACAGAGGAAAAUGAAGACGUACUCUUCUUUAAUCUAAGAGGGCCUACAUUACUGGUAGUGAGGAUUCUGAUGGCAUGUUAGUGGAACGGCCAAAGGGAUUCCCCAAGUUGCUCUCAAAUUAAAGACUCACUCAAAAGCUUGCAUAUUACGUUGAAAGAAACACACUUUCACUGUGGACUGGUACAACUUUAUUGUAAGAACCACAAGCCAAGCAACAACAGGAAAGUACAGGAAGCGUACAUAAUGAUUUGGGCUAUAUCACUGCAAAAGGACUAUUUUGUCAGAACUUGGUAUUGCAAUAUCCCCAUCUGUUAAACUUACCUUGAAGACUUUUUUUAAAAUGAGAUUUACAAUAUGUCAUGAAGUCCGAUCACACCCUGCAGUUCUGUAUGUGACUACACAUUUGAUUUUGAUUAUGUUAAGUUUUCAAAAUUUUGCUAAAGAAUAAAUAAGCAGAAGAAGAAAAGAGGCAUGGCUAACUUAGCUCCAUUCAUUUCAGUAAGUUUACUUACUUGAACAUGGUUGGAGAUAAUACUUCUGUUGGGCAACUGUGUGUACUACCAUGAAUGGAAACAUACUCUGAAGAGGGUCCUUGUUAAACUUUCAUUUCUUUUUCUCCUGUAGGUGUCAGGAAAAUACUCCAUUAAGAAAAUAACCAAGGAGCCAAUUAAUGGUACUGUCCUCCCAGACAGCAAAGAAGGCUUGAUCAAAGAAGCCCGUGACAAGGACUUCGCCUUCAUCGCUUCUUACACAGAAAUUCCAGCUGCCAAAAGCAUCACCCUUGAGCUGGUCAGGGAUUGUGGUGGUGAGUUUGCCCAGUUUCAAGUUGGCUACAUCAGACCUAAGCAUGUUGGUGGCACUUGGCUGGAACAGAGCCAGUGCAGUAAAAACCUUGCAGGAUCAUUUUCUGAGGGUUCCAGGUCCUACUACAGGAUACUAUUCAUCUCUAGCAUUAAUAGAGAGCAUGGGACUCUUAAUCUCAGGGUUGUGGGUUCAAGCCCCACAAUGGACAAAAAAAUCCUGCGUUGCAGGGGGUUGGACUAGAUGACCCUCACGGUCCUUCCAACUCUACAAUUCUAUGAUUCACAAGCCUUCCCUCAAAAAUCCUUACGCCUUAGGAACAUAAAGAUAAGGGUAAAAGUACUGCUGACCAUUAGGUCCAGUCUCAGGCGAUUCUGGGGUUACCGCGCUCAUCUCACUUUAUUGGCCGAGGGAGCCGGCGUUUGUCCACAGACAGUUCUUCCGGGUCAUGUGGCCAGCAUGACUAAGCUGCUUCUGGUGAAACCAGAGCAGCGCACGGAAACACCGUUUACCUUCCCACUGGAGUGGUACCUAUUUUUCUACAUGCACUUUUUGGUGUGCUUUCGAACUGCUAGGUUGGCAAGAGCUGGGACAGAGCAACGGGAGCUCACCCCGUCACGGGGAAUCAAACCGCCGACCUUCUGAUUGGCAAGCCCAAGGCUCAGUGGUUUAGACCACAGCGCCACCCGCGUCCCUUAGGAACAUAGGAAGCUGCUUUACACUGAGUGGUCCACCUCUGUCAAUGUUUACACUCACUGUCAGUGGCAGUUAAAGGUUUGAGACAGGGUUCCCCCCCAGCCCUGUUUGAAUAUUGAACCUGGGACCCCUGCAUGCUCUCAUUGAACUAUGGCCUCCCCUCCCCUUUCCUUAAAGCUCAAAGUAGCAAAACAAUCACCAUCCUGUGAAACAAAAGCCCUAUCCAGGCAUUCACUACCUCAUGUGAUUAGAAUCGCAGGAGUUAGACCAGGGGUGCCAAUGUGGUGUGUUCCAGAUAUUGCUGGACUACAACUCCUAUCAGCCCACGUCCCUAUGGCCAAUGGUCUGGGAUGAUGGGAGCUGCAGUCCAAGCACACAUGGAGGACAACAGGGUGGCUAUUCCUGAGUUAGACAUGCUCAACAUGUUCCCUUGGUCACAUUAAAAAAAGCCACCCCUCACAUAGAACUAUAGAUUAUGAUUGAUUGAUUGAUUGAUUGAUUACAGUUAUACGCUGGCCUUCAUCCAAAGACACAGGGUGGUUUACAGGAUAAAAAUGCAAAAUGAAAACACAAAAUAUGUAUCACAAUAAGAACAAAAAUCAAACAAACCAAUACCCCCCCCCCCCAAGUUUGUUUAAUUAGCCAGAGGCCUGAGAGAAGGGGAAUGUUUUUGCCUGGUUCCUUAAGAUAUGUAGAGAAGAUGUCAAGCGAACCCCCCUGGGGAGAGCAUCCCAAAAACAGGGAGCCACUACAGAAAAGGCCCAUUCUCAUGUUGCCACCCUCUGGACCUCUUGUGGAGUAGACACACAAAGAACGGCCUCAGAUGAUUACUACUUCAGAGUCUGGGUUGGUUCAUAUGGAGAGAGGUGGUUAGAGAGGUAUUGCGGUUCUAAGCUGUUUAGGGCUUUGUAUGUCAAAAACAACACUUUGAAUUAGGGCCCAGAAACAGAGGAAUCCAAUCCACAUUUUUUGGAGGAAAGGUGUGAUGGAUGGAUAUAUAUAUAUAUAUAUAUAUAUAUCCACCUAGUUCAGGUGUGGGGACCCUUUAGAUUGUGGCUAAUGGAUGAGCACUUUCAAUAUCCAUAGCACUCUGUGGCAUUCUGGGUUUUAAAUUAUUGAUGCAGUGUUUUGCAAGUUUAAAUAUUCUAUAACUUGCUUUGAGGUGUUUUGUAAAAAGUGAUGACCAAAUAUAAUAAAUAACUGGCACUUUAUUUAGAAGGAAAGAAAACUGAGGUGACGACAGCACCACACAGCAAGAUUUCAGAACUGUCCAAGGUGGUUCAAGGGAUGAUUCAACUUUUGCAUCCAUGGAAGUGCACAGAGAACGCCAUUGAGGUAGCAUUGUCCAAGUGGCUCUUGCAGGUGAGGAGUUUUACUGCUCAUGUUGUGCCCUUCCAAAACCUAUAAGCAAUUUCCCUUAAUAUAAUGCAUUUUUGAAUAUUAUUUUCACUGAUAUAUCCAUUUUUAUGGGCACUUUCCUCUAAUAUAUACAUAUUCGUACACCCUGGUUGGUUGGAAAACUACAUCAUAAAAUUUGGAGAAGUGUUAAUUUUGAAGGACAGCUGUGAUUUUGGUUCACAUGUUAGUAUAAGAAUUAGGUUAGAAUUAGGUUGUUUCUUACAUAAUGCUUGCAAAAACAUCUAUAUUAAUAAAAACUGCGUGGAAAUUUUAUUAGGAAAAAUUUGCACUAAUUUGAGUCUGAGUUUUCAUGUAGAUUUACUGCAGAUUGCUGCAUAAAUAUGGAUAACUUAAUUUAAUUUUAAUUUUUAGAAGAAGUAAAAUCCUAUAGACCAUUACCCUAAAUUAACCAGAAUAAUUUUUCUUUUCAUAUAUCCUGGCCUCCUGGUUGAGAGGGGUGAUUUCAAGUAUUAUUCAUUCCAAUCAAAUGGGAUUUAUUCCUAAAAGGCGUAUUUCUAACCCUGUAUACUGACAUUUUAAUAUUAUUUUGCAGCUAUGAAAGCAGGGUGCCCACUUGUAAUAUUCUUCCUAGAUACUUAUAAGGAUUUUGACUGCAUUGAGUGAGGAUGCAUUAUGAAACCCUUAGACAUCUAUAAACUGGGUAUCACAUUUAUUUUGGGUAUUUCUAAAUUAUACACAAAAAAGUAUGCUUUAGUCCAAACAAAUUCAUUUUCAGCGGUAUCUAUGGAAAUCUGUGCUCUGGCUUCAAAUGUUACUUUGUUUUUACUUUUUAUUUUCUCCACCUCUUAUGCAUCAUUUAUGGUUUUGGUUUUGCGAUCUUAUUAAAAUUGAAUAUAUCAUAUGAGAUUUAGUAUUGCCUCCACGGGGUCAUUGCUGUACUUUCAUGUUUGUUUAGUUUGUAUUUAUGUUUAUGUCUAAUAAAAGCAUAAGAAAAAGAGAUAGAAUUCAAUAUAAGACUUGGAAAAAUGAGAAACAAGGAGAAAACAAAACUGACGAAUUUGUGUAUGAGUUAGGUAUGUAAGUGCACUUAGCCAAAAUAACAUUUGCUGUUUUUUUUUAACCCCACAGCAGUCACAACUUGACAUCACUGAGAUGACUUUGGAGGACCCUGCCUGCAGAGCAACUGACAACAUGACUCAUUUUGUCCUAAAAAGCAUCAUAGAUGAUUGCUCUACCAACUUAGAAGGGGGCAUUCAUGCAAAAAAUCAGGUCAGCAUAGAAGCUUGCAGGAUUCUCUAAUGGCCUUUGGGUACCAUCUUCCUGUUCAGUUUGCUUGCCACAUUUUUUGAUCCUGCCCUUCCUCCAAAUAUUUCAUGGGACACUGCCCAGCACACAUACACUUUUAUCUAGCAAUUACCCUUUGAGGUAGAUUAAGCUGAAAGACAAUGACCAGCCCAAGGUCACACAGUGAGGGAUUCCCCCAGCGAGGUGUAUGGUUGGUUUUCAGACACAUGCUUGUGUGAGCAUGUGGAUUUGCACCACUGCUGCAUUUUAAAAUUGUAUUUAUUUAACUUAAUCAUGCUUUUAUCUAAAGUAGCCUUUCUCAGCUUUGGGUCUCCAGUUGUUGUUGGAAUACAAUUCCCAUCAGCCCUGAACACUGGGCAAUACUGGCUGGGGCUGAUGGAAGUUGUUGUCCAACAACAUCUUGGGACCCAAGGUUAGGAAAGGCUGGUGUAAAGACUCUCGAUUAUAUGGAGACUAAUAAUAUAUAUAAAGGGGGAAAUUGAACUGGGGUCUCCCUAGACCAGCACUCUAACCAAGGGGUAGUCAAUGUGUUGAUGUUGGAUUACAGCCAUGCCAGCUGGAGCUGAUGAGUUGGAGUCUAACAACGCUGCCUGCUGUAAGGCACUCCAUUUUUCUCUUCCUCCCCUAUUUCAGAAAUGGCAGCAGCAAGGAGUUGGGAUAAGUACCGUAUUUUUUGCUCUAUAAGACUCACUUUUUCCCUCCUAAAAAGUAAGGGGAAAUGUGUGUGUGUCUUAUGGAGCGAAUGCAGGCUGCGCAGCUGUCCCAGAAGCCAGAACAGCAAGAGGGAUUGCUGCUUUCGCUGCGCAGCGAUCCCUCUUGCUGUUCUGGCUUCUGAGAUUCAGAAUAUUUUUUUUCUUGUUUUCCUCCUCCAAAAACUAGGUGCGUCUUAUGGUCUGGUGCGUCUUAUAGAGCGAAAAAUACGGUACCAGUGAACUUUGCAUGCCCAUCCCCUCCAAAGAGCUCCCAACCUCCCCCAGUUUCAUGGCCCACAAAAUGUUGAAGGGCUAUAACUUGGACAGCUGCUGCAAAGCAGAUGUUCUACCACUGCGUUACAGCUUCCUGUGUUCCUGUGCCACCAACUGAACUUUAUUGCUGAGUAAUGAACUCAAGCAAGGUCUCUGCAGUCUGUCUGCAGCACCCCACCCUCCUUGCCAUGAGCUCUAAAGCAAAGCCAUCCAACAACAUCUGCAUCCAUGGACUAAUAGUUUACUUAACAUUUCUUUUUCAUUGUCCCAUCAGCUGGUCCUGACCCUGGCUUCGCAUCCAGAUAAAAUUAUGGUAAGAAAUACAUUCCUGCUGAAAACCAUCAUCUUUUGUAUUGUGCUAUUGUGAAAAGAUUGUUUUCUAUUUCAGUAAGGCUGCAACUUUUAGUCAAUUAAUUGGCUAGAUUAAGCCUAAACCUUUUGAUUGAUCAACAACAGGUUCCCAAUUAACCAGGCAGUGGAACUGUUCUUAAAAAAAUGACAAUUGUUUUUUAAAUUCUAAGCUUGCAAUUUAUUCAUGACUGGCUUAGUUAUAAACUGUUGUUUUGUACUGCCAUUUUCCCAGUCGAGAAGGAUACAGUGGUGCCUCGCAAGACGAAUGCCUCGCAAGACGGAAAACUCGCAAGACGAAAGGGUUUUCCAUUUUUGAGUUGCUUCGCAAGACGAUUUUCCCUAUGGGCUUGCUUCGCAAGACGGAAACCUCUUGCAAGUUUGUUUCCUUUUUCUUAAAACCGUUAAUACAGUUGCGACUUGACUUCGAGGAGCAACUCAUAGCACGCGGUGUGCGUCUCCGUAGGGGCAAGAACGCGUGAAGGCGGGUUCUGAGGGAGAGGGAGCUUUGUUUCGGUGAAAAAUAGCAAGGCGCGCACACUUCCCUCCCCACAACUCCCAGUUAGGGAGGCCAGGCUCCGGGGCUCUUCGGACGGGGCUCCUUCCUUCUCCCCCCCCCCCAGCGCCCCGGCGGUGACAAGAGCGCCUGCCCGGGCGCUUUCCAACCCCGCGACGUCUACGGCUGCGGCAAGUUUGCCUCUCAGUGUGUGUGCGCGCGAGUGUGUGUUCUCCUCGCCCCGCUCGAGUUAGUCCCGGCGCAGCGCAGGCAGCAGGUGAGUCGCCCUUGGCAGCGUGGAAGGCGCCGGGCCAGGCAAGGUCAGCUCGGGAGCCACCGGGGACGCGCCCCCGCGCUCCUCUCCAACGGGCUGGAUGCACCCCUCUCCGCUCGCGCGCUUCUGGCUGGCUGGCCGGCUGCAGCAGCAACAGGGGCAAUAGGCAUCCACCGUCGCCGACGCUCCCUCCCUCCUGCCCGCGGCGGGCGGCUGGCUGGCUGGCGCUCUCGCUUUCUUUCGGGCUGCUGCUGCAGAAGGGAUUUUGCACCAGACAACUUUUAGGCCAGUAGGAGUUUUGACUACCGCGGCGACAGCAGCAGCAGCAGCAAGACGGCGCCGACUGUAGUGCAAAGGGUCGGAGCAAGGCGAGCCGAACUGAUCCCGGGGCUCAGGCAGCAACCUCUGCCCUGCCUCCCCCACGCCCCGCGCCCGCCUCUCCCUCCCUCCCAAGCACCCCCCUUUUUUGAGGUUUUUGAAGACUUUUGAAGCUUUUCCAAAACUUUCCCGACACCGUGCUUCGCAAGACGAAAAAAAUCGCAAGACGAAAAAACUCAUGGAACGAAUUAAUUUCGUCUUGCGAGGCACCACUGUACUCCAAAGACAGCCUUUGAAAUAUUUCCUUUCCUUGUGAGUCUGUUUCUCUGUGAGGAAAAAGCAUUGGAAACAUACGGUGUUUUUGAAAUCUCUUAGUUAUUUACAAAUAGGCAUGUUUCUUAUCUCUAUGGCCCCAAUAUUUUGCAGGUCCUGGAAACUCAUGGGCCAUUUUGAGGAGCAUAAAAAGUUUACUUAAAAAUUGAUACACCACCAUAUGAGGAACAUCCCCCACAAAGUCAGCACCAGAUUUAGGGCAGUGUGGGCCAAGGGGGUGCAAAACAGCAGCAGCAGCAACAACAACAACAUAUAUUUAUACAGUGGUACCUACUCAAAGUCAGGCCCCGGUUAGAUGGGCAGUUGAAUUGCCAGAACCAUAAUGUAAUGCACUUGAGAGCAUGUGCAGAACGGAAGGCGAGAGGGAGGAGGGCAUGUAAAUAAGCCAUGGGGGGCAAAUUUUGCCCUUGCUUAGGGCAUCAUAUUACCAAAGUCUGUUCCCAUCAAAGUUGCUUGCAAUUGCCAAUAAAAACCCUCCCAUUGUCAGUAAAAUGUCAAAAUAUAUAACCCAAUGCACUUAAACAAUAAAAUUGCAUGCAAACAUUCACAAGAGAGAAUAAUUUAAAUUUACAACGUAUGAUAUACUGCAUACUUAGAAAGCCUCUGAAGUAUGUUGAAAGCACAACCUUGUUUUGGGGUGGCCCCAUUUUGCUUCCCUAUCCAAGUUUGAUAUUAGAGAAAAUGAUGUGUUAAUAUGGGACCUGUCUGUUGCCCCUUUAUCUUCUCUCAUAGGUGCCAUUUCAAUGUGAUCUCCCAGAGAAGCUCUUUCUCCAUCUUUAUCAGACACCUGACUUCAGCUCACCAUCCACCACUGUGGUAGAAGUUAACAAAGUCACCUACGUCCAGGUACUGCUGAUCCUGUACAUUGGGAUAAGGAAUAAAUUUAAUAUUUAAAGGCAACCCUGAACACUUUUGGGAUUUCUUCUGAGUAGACAUGGAUAGGAUUGAUCUCUCCAAGUAUUAUUGAAGGUGGCCACGAUGACUAUGUGAUUGAGAUAACUGUGACAUUAAAUUACAGCUCCUGCAGAUUCUUCCCCCCUUGGCCUCAGAAUUCCAGUAAUGUCCACUUUAUAAAGUUUCAAAAAGCUGUAAAAAAACUUUCAGUCAAAAGCUGAGCUGCUUUAUAGGGUCAUCAAAAACCCUUGUGGGGGAGGGGGAAUUACAUAGUCCUGAGCUAUAUGGCCCAACUCCCGCAAUGAAGGUAUGGGAAUGAAGAGUAAAGCAGCUGAGUCAUUUAAAUCCCAGUUCCAGAUUCUCAAUUCAAGGGCCAGGUUUGAACACAUUCUGCCUUUUCUCUGCCUCCCUUCUCUAUAGGUGUCGUUCCAGACAGCUGAUGGGAACUCUUCACUUCGACUCCAGGACUGUUACCUGCAAAUCCCUGACCAAGCAGCCCCACAGAUGCUGAUCCGCAGUGGCAUGCCAAAAAGUUAUUCUGUGGAGAUCUUGAAUUCCCCCAACACAAAGACCAACCGCUUUAGUUUCAUCUACAAGGCUGAAGAACAACAACGUUCAACUUUGUCAGCCACACUCUUUUGCCAAGCAGAUCGGGAGAACCAGGUCAAUAUUUUUAUUAUUUAUUUAUUUAUUUAAUUUUUAUUUGCAACAUAACAUAAACCCCCCCACUCCCCCAAUACAGAAAUCCACCCUCAUUAAACGUGAACAUAACAUACAAUAAGCAUAACAUACAACGACCAGAUAAAAGACUUCCUUUAUCCUGUACCUGGCCUCCUCAUUUACUUCUUGUAAGCUGUUUCCUUUAUGAAUAAUUAUUAAGAUUUUUCUAAUUAUAACUUAAAUAUCCACAAAGAUCAGAAAAUAUUCCUCUAUGCCACAGGAGUGGCAAGGAUCCUAAUUGCUAAAAACUGGGGAAAAGAAACUGUGCCAACAAAAAAGGAAUAGCAAGACAAACUGUUAGAGUAAAUUGAACUGGCUAGAUUAACAGAGGCAAUUAGAGAUAACCCUUCGGCCUACUCAGUGAAAUGUUCUCUAAGGAAAGCAGAACCGCUGUGUGUUAAAUGAGCUAAAUAUUCGCCUCGUUUUAAAGCUCUCCCCCACCUCCAUUAUUUUUCUCUUCUAGCAUGGCUCCUACAAUGCUUCCAUAAAGGUGAUGCUCAAGAAUCUUGCCUCUCUAUCUCACGGUGAGUUAAUUGACCCUUAUAUUUAAUAUAAAAGGAACUAGGCUAUAUAGACUCAGAUCAGGACCAUCAGGCUAGAGUUGUGCCUGUUAUGAGUACAACAUUUACGUUGCUUAUGGUGCCUUGUGUUUUCUCCAUGCUUCACACGCAGGAUUCACAGCUCAUUAUAAAGUACCUGUUAACCAUCUAACAUAAGGAUAGUCAAUGUGGUGACCUUCAGAAAUUUUGGACUGCAAUUCUCAUCAUCCCUGACCAUCAGCCAUGCUGACUGGUGCUGAUGGGAGCUGGAGUGCCAUCUGGAGGACACCCCAUUGGCUACCCCUGGUCUAACAGAACAUUUGGGUCCAUCAACAAGGAUGUCCAUCAGAUGUUGUUGGACUACAACUCCCAUUGUCCUUGACUUUUGGCUGUGCUAGCUGGUGCUGACAGAACCAGGUGUAGUCAACAACACUGGGGGUGGGGCACAGAUUCCCCAUCCCUGCUGUUAAGGGAUCUUGCAUGUGAUCAUCACACCAUUGCUCAGUACUUGAUUGAUUGGUGGCAGCUGCGUGGAAUGGAAUACACAGUGCUUCUUUUUCUGGGGGUUUGCAGGGGUACUAAACAUUUUGUGAAUCUAACGGGAGAAGAAACUAAAAUUUUAAUAGUUUCUUCUCUAGUGUGGUGAAUCGUCAGUUCCGUUGCUACCCCCGAUGGCGGCAUCAUUUCCUGUCAUGGUUUUUCCUGAGUCUCAGAUGGAAUGAGAGUACCCCUAAACAAUUUAAUUUUUUAGGGGGGGAAAACACUGGGAAUACAUAUCCCAGAAUGCCAACCUUUAAGUUGGUGGGAAACCUAACUCUGCACAUUCUCAGAGGUACAGUCCCUAGGCCCAUUUCCUGCUUCCUCCCAGCAACGAAAACAUUUUUUCCUAUAUAGUAUCAGCAGAAAUUACUCUAUAAAUGCUUUGAGGCGCUGCAUGGUUGAUUUUUUUUGGGAACCAUGCGGAGUUUGUUUCUCAACAAAACUAUGCUGCGAAACAUCCUGUGAGCCGAAAGAAAGCUCCCGCUCAGAGCAGACUCAAUGAAAUGAAUAACUUGGGCUCCUUAAUUUCCAUGGGUCUGCUCUGGGCAGGACUUGGCUGAAUGCAACUCACACAGCCUGGAUUCUUUCCUAGAGAUUCCGAGCUUGCCAUGUCAGUUUGAGCACAGAGUUGGCCAAAGUCCCUGCCAUUUCCCUCUGAGAAGCUGGCCGCCUAUCUUCCCUCAUUCGUAGCAUUUCCCUUCACUCCCUAUGCCCCCCCCCGCACUUUAGGAGGCAUUUCCUGUCACUCUGCCCCCCCUCGCACAAUUAUGGCUUGCUGCCACUGCUACAGCCGUGUGGUGCUUGUGUCUCCAUGGUAGCAGCUGGGUAGGAGCCACAGAUGGCGACUAGGCUGCACGCUCCGGAAGGUGUGUGCCAUGACCUUUGUAUAAGUGAAAUUCUGGCAGCGGGGGGAGGGGGAGAGGGGGCGCAGAAAGAGGAAGCGAAGUUGGGAUAUGAGUUAGAACCAACGUAAACGGACAUGAUAAGGGAGAGGAAUGCACACAGCUGAUGGCACUGGGGAAUCAGUUAUUUGAUGCAUCCCAGUGACAGCACAAGACAAAGAAUGUUAUCUCCCCCUUUCCUGUCCUCAAGAUACAGUUUGAUGGCUCUUGCCUGCUCACAACAUGUAAAAUACACAGUUUUUCAUCCAGAAGUCUGUGCAAUUUCAGAUAAAGAAGACACAUGGUAGGCAGAGAAGGGUGAAGGAACUGGAUGUAGCCAUAAGGGUAUGCAAGAGAUAAGGCGUCUCUUUGCACAGAGCGAGGCCAGCCCACUGCCGUCUGAUCCAAAUUAGUGGGAGCUGCCUCCAUUCUCGUUGUCCAGACAUUUCCCCCACAUGAGACAGGGAGGGAAGAAGAAAGAUUUCACAAGCAAGAGUAGCAACUAACACACCAGGAGCCAGUGACUCACCAGGUGCUUCUGGGAAGCCUGCCUAUGGAACCUGAUCACAACAGCACUCUCCCUGCUUGCCAUUCCCAGCAGCUGCCAUUCAGGGCAUUCAGUCACACCCUGGGCUUGUCUAGUCUCCUUUAAAGCUGUCCACGUGAGUGGGUGUCACUACCUCUUGUGGGAACAAAUUCAGUUCCUUUUCUCUGCUGUGAAUCUUCUGUAAUUUGGCUUCAUUGGAUGUUACCCAGUUCUGGUGUUAUAGAAUGGGGUGGGUUCGUGGGAGGCUUCUUAUGUACACCAUGCAUAUUUUUAUACACCUCUAUCACUCUACCCCGCCUUACUCACCUUUUUUCUAAACUAACCACCCCCACCCCCCAAAAAUAAUGUUCCAACUUCACCACAUAGGAGAGUUGGCGCCAUCACUUUGAUCAUUUGGGCUGCCCUUUCUGGCCCAAAACUAGCUCUACAAUAUCUAUGAUGAGGUGCAUGAUCCACACAUAGCGUUUCAAGUGUGUUUGCAGCACAGACUAAUUGGAACUGCCCUAGGAACUUAAUUCAUAUGCCAAGUUGUAGUAGUUUAUAUGCCAAGUUGAAGCCUAAGUCUACCUUGAGGUUGAGAUGGAAAUGCAGGUAUCUAGAUUAAAACAGACUAGUAUGUAUCAUGUGAUAUUUCAGUAGCAAACUGCAUCUUAAGGGCAGGGGAGUAAGGCUUUGCAUCCAACGUUAGGCAUACUAAGAGAAGAUUCAUUGAAAAAUUAAAGGGCAUGACUAACUUUGGUCUAAUGCCUUCAGUGAAUCAGAGUGGAGUAAGCGUGGAUAUAAUCCAUUAUAUGGACAUGUCUAAGGCCACAUCCACACCACACAUUUAUAACAUCAUCAUAACAUUUUAAACAGUCAUAGGUAAAGGUAGAGAGACCCCUGACCGUUAGGUCCAGUCACAGACGACUCUGGGGUUGUGGCGUUCAUCUUGCUUUAUUGGCCGAGGGAGCCGGCGUACAGCUUCCGGGUCAUGUGGCCAGCAUGACUAAGCCGCUUCUGGCGAGCCAGAGCAGUGCACGGAAAUGCUGUUUACUUUCCUGCUAGAGCAGUACCUAUUUAUCUACUUGCACUUUGACGUGCUUUCGAACUGCUAGGUUGGCAGGAGCUGGGACUGAGCAAUGGGAGCUCACCCCAUUGCGGGGAUUCGAACCGCCGACCUUCUGAUCAGCAAGCCCUAGGCUCUGUGGUUUAGACCACAGCGCCACCCACAUCCCAUAGCUUCACCCAAAUAAUUCUGGGAUGUGUAGUUUGUUAAGGAUGAUGAUAUUUGUUAGGAGACUCCUAUUCCCACCACAGAGUUACAAUUCUCCGGGAAUUGUAGCUCUGGGAGCAGAUAUUUAACAAACAACAGCUUCCAGAAUUCUUUGAGGGAAGAAGUAAUUAUUUAAAUGCAUGGCGUAUCUUAGGUUCAUUUUGAUGGUCACUUUCAGACUGCAAGUGUUUUUUUGGGGGACGGGGGUUUCAACUGCAUAUAGAAAUUUAGGUUUGUCCAAUUAAAGUGGUUUAAAGUGCUCUGUCAGCCUAGCAGAAAAAAUGCACUUAAAAAAAACAACAACUGCACAUAUAUUCUCCAGUUAGAAAAGUGAAGGGAAAAUGAAUUAACAAGCGUAGGGUGAAUGAAUGAUUAACAGGAAGAUGUAUAUAUGCAAUGCAAGCAAAUCAAAGUGAAUGCUCAGUAAAAACCAUGUAGAGACUACCCUCCCCAUAAGUUUUAUUCAAGCAAAUCAGGAUAAAUGAUCGAUAAACAGGUCAUCUCAAGGAACCAGGUAGAUACAACCCUAUCAACUAGAAUUUUUGCAUUCCUUGGGCAGAACAGCAGAAGGCAGGAAACAGGUUUAAUUUCUACCAAGUUACCAAGCAGAACAUUGUCUGUAUGUUUUUACAUAUAUCUCCCUAAGGGAAAAGGCUGCAGAUUUCCAAAAAACAAAGAAAGAAAAUACGCAAAACAUUCAGGGAACAUGUCUGAAGCUGCCGGGGCCCCCUAGCCCUGGCAAUGUAUUUAUGCUCUCCAAAGUAGCUGGACAGUUAAAACUUGUGCGUUUUCAGUUUGAAUGUAGAUGCUCAAGUGUUUCUGUCACAAAACUCUCUCAGGACAGCCUCUCUCUCAUCCUGCUUUUCCUGCCUUGCUGCCCCUGACACCACUGAAGCCUUGUGGAAGUAAUUUCUGCCAGUGAUUGCAUGACAGAGUGAAGUGUGUCCCUCCUUGCUUACUGUCCUUUGUCAGGCAGAAUUGAUUGAAUUACUGGCCUCAUCCAAAAAUGGAUGGAUUCUGGUCAUCCUGCUACCUUAAAUCUUCUCCUUCCUGCCUCUGUUUUGCACGUCUCCCUCAGGACGGGGAAAUAACAAAGCAAGGAAAAGCUUUUGACACGAACCCAGCCCCAGUGGGGACUCACCCGGCACAUCACACACGUCUGCCAUGCUUUCAUUAGACCCUCAGUCUCUUGCUUUGUUUGUGUAUGUGCUUUUUUACAACUUUAUCUAGAAGCCUUGAGUGUCAGAUUGGCUUUUGAGGCAGGAGAGGAGCCUUGGCGGAGGCAGCAUUCACACACGAAUUCUCAGCUAUGGUUUGUUUGACUAGGCACCAAUUGUUUCACAAAUGAGCUUGCUUCGUUUUCCAGCUACUCUUGCUUCAUGCAUCUGUAGCUUGGAAAGCAUCUGGGAUGAAGUAGUCCAAUCAUGAUUAAACAAGGGUUUUGGUUUGGACAUUACAGCAAGCCACGGUUAGCGUUGCCAUAUUUCAAAAAGUGAAAAUCCGGGCACAAAGUUGUUGAACUUUUUUGGCAAAAUCACCAAAGAAAUUCACCAUUUUCGAACUAUUUCUAAGGGAAAUCGCAAAAAAAAACCCCCACUGUCAGCAUAGGUUUCCAGAUGUCCAGAUUUUCCCACACAUUUUGCCGAUUUCCGCCCAGACACUGCUUCUGACUGCAGUAUUCCGGGUAUGUCCAGGAAAUUCCAGACAUAUGGCAACCCUAGCCAUGGUUUGUAAGCCACUGAUAAAUCCAACUAAAGUAGAUUGAGAUUGGGUAGGGAAGAGGAAGAGGAAGAGAACAGUCAUUCUACUUAUGCAGUGCUAUAAUACCAUGGCUUCACAUCAUGGUUUGUUUCCAAAGAAACAAACUUUGGUUGGUCUACUCUACUCGAAUGGAUUCGAGUAUCAAAGCACACUAAAUAAACCAUGGCUUAACGUUGGCUUAACCAGGUCAUAAUUUCUUCAGGACCUUGAACACCUACCAGACCUCUUUCCAAGGGGUCUGGCAAAGCAGCCAGAAAAACAAAUGAUGACUAGCUCUUUAGAUGAGAUUUUUUAAGGUGAAAUAAAUCUCCUUUGAAAACCAUUUAUAAGAAGCAAGUCAUCUAGUUACACACACAGAGAGAGAGAGAGAGAGCGCGCAAAUAGAAAUAUAUUGCUUGUACUGAAGUGUUAUUUACAGAGAUGGCCAUAUCAUGGCAAAGUAAACAGGGUGUUGUUGUUGUUUAGUCGUGUCCGACUCUUCGUGACCCCAUGGACCAGAGCACGCCAGGCACUCCUGUCUUCCACUGCCUCCCGCAGUUUGGUCAGACUCAUGUUUGUAGCUUCGAGCACACUGUCUAACCAUCUCAUCCUCUGUCAUCCCUUCUCCUUGCGCCCUCCAUCUUUCCCAACAUCAGGUUCUUUUCCAGGGAGUCUUCUCUUCUCAUGAGGUGGCCAAAGUCUUGGAGCCUCAGCUUCACAAUCUGUCCUUCCAGUGAGCACUCAGGGCUGAUUUCCUUAAGAAUGGAUACAUUUGAUCUUCUUGCAGUCCAUGGGACUCUCAAGAGUCUCCUCCAGCACCAUAAUUCAAAAGCAUCCAUUCUUCGGCGGUCAGACUUCUUUAUGGUCCAGCUCUCACUUCCAUACUGCACUACUGGGAAAACCAUAGCAUAGGGUGGCCAUAUGCAAAAGAGGGCAGGGCUACUGCCUCUUGGCUAGUUGUUCAGAAGAGAGAAUUUCACAUUUUGCCUUGGCAAACUCAGUGGCUAUUUGCCAUGGUUGCAAAUGUUCCGUUUCCAAAGUCGGAGGCAGUGUGCCUUUGAAUACCAAGCGCUGCGAAACACAAGAGGCAUUUGGUUGGCCACUGUGGAAACACAAUGCUGGAUUAGGUGGGCCUUUGACCUGAUCCAGCAGCCAAACUCUUCUUAGGUUCUUAACUUGCUAGAACUUUCUAAUUGUCCUUCCCUGCAAAUUUGUUUCACUGCUAUGCCAUUCUUUAUGCAAAUCUGCAAUUCAGGUUGCUUCCAACCUAUUUACUGAACGUACAUCCUGAUUUGAUUACAUGAAGUUUGCAGGGAGGUUAAAGGACAUCGACAAUUUGCUGAGCAUACAUUCUCAUUUGUUUGCGGGGAAGUUAUCAAGCCAUUGUUUUCUCACAUUUUUCUAUUGCUUUCCUUGGGCCAAAAGUCCAGGACUAAUUGCACAAUCUGGAUUUGCUGGUUUGUGAUUCAGUCCCGCUCACAAGAUGGCAACAGCCUAGAAAUAGUCUCACCUGUAACUAGCUUUUUAAAAUGUUUUGCCACCUUGCAUUUGGUUAUGUCCUAGGGCCAAAGUUCUCAAAUGUGAGCAAAAUUGAACAAUACAUGGUUAUGGGUGAAAUGGCAAUAAAAAUCUACAGUGACUGCAGGAGUCAGUGGAGGGCAGGGUGGAAUUAGUCUAGAUUAAGAAAUGCAAAACACAGCUGUGUGGCAUAGUUAAAUUACUAAAACAUUUUUUCCCCUUAAAAAAUAAUAUUCUGGUCAAUACUUAAUGUUCUGUUGUUUCAAGCUCAGCAGAUAAUAAUGGCUGGGAGGGAGAACAUUUUUAAUUAACACCCAGUGGUGAGGAAGAGCAAGGCUACCCUUAACCCCACCUGGGCCCACUUGACUGUUUCGAUCAGUGGAACUGGCACUACUACAAGUGCCACACAAUAUCCUUUCAGCAUUUGUAAGAACUCAAUUGCUUAGUGUGGUAGCACAUAUACUACGGAACUCCCUGCCUCUUGAGAUCAAGCAGGAGCUUUCAUUGUCCUCUUUUUGGCACCUGCUAAAAACAUUUUUCUUUAGACAAGGCUACCCAGAUGCUUAAAAAUGCUGGCAUGAGUUUUAAUCUGUUUUAGUAUUUUAACUUCUUUUUAUGUUUUAAUGUAUCGUAAACUUUUCCUGAUUCUAUCUUUUUCUGAACCGCUUUGAGGUUUUUUGCGACCAGGUGGUGAUAUAAAUUUCAUGAAGUAAAUGAAUAAGUAAGGCUGCUGCAUGCAUGCAAUGGCAAAGCCCUAAUUGUCGCUUUCCUCCUGUGCAAAUCAAGGCCUGGGGAUCGGAACUGUGCUGGGAAUAACUUUCGGUGCCUUUUUAAUCGGAGUCAUGCUCACCGCAACGCUGUGGUACAUCUACUCUCACACUCGUAAGUACAGGUACCUCUAAGCCACUCCAGUCUUUCUGGUCCAUAUUUGGGGUUUGAUUGAGGUGGGAGGCUCCCCUGAAGUGAAAAGCAAGCGGCCAAAAGCAUACAAAGACAAUUUGUAUGUACAUGCAUGAUUUGAAAUUAAGGGGUGAGAGCCAUAUGCUCAGCCAGGCCAUAGAUCCAUCUAGAUCAGUGUUGUCUGCACUGACAGGCAGCAGCUGUCCAGGGUUUUAGACAGGGGAGAUUCCCAUCCUUACCUGGAGAUGCCAGGGGAUGGAGUCUGGGACUUUCUGCCUGUAAAGCAGGUUCUCUGCCACUCAGCUACAGCUCUUCUCUUAAUAAAUUAAGGUUACAGUUCUCAUUGUUGAGAAUAAAGGUCUGGUUUAAUUUAAAAUAUAGCUGCCUUAUGCAGAGUUAAACCAUUGGUUUGAUCUAGCUCAGGAUUCACUACACAGCAGCUGUCCUAGGUUUCUGACACGGGGCAUUUCCAGCCCUCCUUGGAAAUACCAGGGAUUAUACCUGGGCAUAGCUGUCCACUUUUCCCUUUUCUUGCAAGGAAUCCUAUUCGGAAUAAGGGAAUUUCCCUUUAAAAAAGGGAAAUGUUGACAGCUAUGUACCUGGGGCCUUCUGUAAUCGAAACAUGCUCUACCAAUGAGCCAUGUCAAAUAACAGCUGGCCUUUAUUAUCUUUGUUCUCUCACAUUCCUUCGCUCCUUUCCCACCAUUCCUCCAAGUACAGUAACAUCUUGUUGGAACCCAGAACGAUUUCUUAAUCUCUGUAAAAGAGCCAAGAGAAAUCAUGAAAUGUUUGUCUUCCUUUUCAAUUAGCUGGGCCAAGAUCUCCCCGCCUUCUUGGGAAAAGGAGGCCUUAGACAACAAGGGGGAUUAAUCUCUGCAUUGCGAGGGUGAUGGCUGGUCCAAAUAAGGAAGUGCCACCAUGUGUUUUCUGUUCCCUUGUCAACCCCUAGUCAGGCCAGCUGUAGAGCAUCCCGUUCACACCCCAUCCCUCUUAACAUGUUUCGCAACUUUGUGAUUGAAUUCCAGGUCCGAUGGCCAAGAUGCAACCGGUCUCAGCAAACCCCCCAGCCUCAGAGAGCAGCAGCACCAACCACAGCAUCGGCAGCACUCAGAGCACCCCCUGUUCCACCAGCAGCAUGGCAUAGCGGGCCCCCAGACGAAGGACUGGGCACAACUGACUCUCGACACCUCCUUGUGGGCAGUGUCAGAACAGCGGACAAGUUGAACUCCUCUGGGUCAGGCACAGGAAAAGCCUUUAUGAAAAGAGCUGAAAACAAGCAAAGAGGUUUCAUGGUUUCCCCCCUCCCCAUCCCAAAGCUCCUAAUACUCAGGGGUGACUAUUUUCAGCCAGCACUUUAAACCAACUCCUUGGACAGCCAUCAAGAUCUCCAAGAGAAGCAGAGCAAUCACACAAGUAAAGACAUCUGACCUGUACCUCCUGUGGCGUGAGAGUAGCCAGCCUCUGGCUGCAAAGGUUGCAAGCCUAUCCCAGGAGAACCAGUGUCUACCCAGAACCAUACAGUGUGAGCAAGUUGAUCAAUAAACAGAAUGUAGCAUGCCUUUGGUUUUAGAAGCUGGUUGUUCGUUCAAUACCUGUGAUUAAGGGGCUGAGAAAUUUGGGCAAGGAAGCUGUUGGCUCAUCGUCAACUUGGGGUCCGGGUGGAGACACUUCUUAAUAGCUUCCAAAAAUAAAAGGUAAGACUAGACAGGAACCAGUUUCUGAACAGGCUUCAGGGAGGGCUACCAUUGCUGUUUAAGCUACCACCUCUGCCCAUAAUCUCAAAUUGCAUACAAGUGCGAAACUGGGAGUGUUACACAUCCACAAGACUCAGUAUAAGAACCUUCUGAGAAAAUGAGGGACAAGUAGAGCCAGUAAAUUUGUCCCACCAUCUUCUGAUGAGGAAGUAGGUGGAGAGAAAAAGUUUGGACCAAAAAGGGAGAGGGAGGUAGCACUGCCUUUUACCAAAACAAAGGGCAAGGAGUCCGGACCCUUUCUAUUCCAAAAUAUAGAUAUAGAUAUAAAUAUAAAUAAUUAUACAUAGAAUAUGUUUUGUAAUCAUGUAUACAAGGAAAUAAUGCUGUGUCUAAUCACUUAUGGAUAUGUUUUAUGAUAUUGAGAUGUGGGGCAAUUUGUGAAAAGACUUCUGUAACAUUUUCCUGAGCUGAGUGCUUGACCCAAUACAGGUCAGAAAUCGGAAGAAAAGCAGCCCAGUACAUUUAGACUGACAGGCAGAAGCCUCAUUGGGAUGCGCAGAGUGGGGAGGACAUCAAACAGGCUUAGCUUCACCAGCACGGGAAGAAGGCUGUGGGUAGGAGGAGCUUUGCACAAAUUGAACUGCAGAGUUAUGGAUGAACAGUUGCUGCAAGGCUGCAGUCCUAGGAACAUUGGAAGCUGCUGCAUACCAGGUCAGACCAGGGACAAUCUAGCUCAGUCUAAAAUGACAGGCAGCUGCUCUCCAGUCCUACCUGGAGAUGCCGGGGUCUUUCUGCAUUCAAAGCAGGUGCUCUGCCACUCAGCUGUGGGAAUUUAUUGGCCAGUGGAACCUGACCUCGAUAUCCCCCCCCCCCAAAUUCACAUUUCUCCAAAUGCAGUCCUCAAGCCCUGUAAUUUGUAGAAAGAGGCAUACAUUAGGAUAGAAAGUGCACUAGAAAGCAUAUACAGUACUAGGGAAAAUAACCUACAGAAGUAUAUUCAGUUAGGGGGAAAUGUUUUGCAAACAUGUGUAUAUUUGGAGAAAUUCACACUAAAAUGCUGAUGGGGAUUUCAUGGCCUUUUUUAUAUUAAAAAAAAUGCAGACAUGUUGAAAUGUGGAUAACUGAGCUUCAGAGUGGGGUUGGAGGGGGAGCACAGAGAGAAAACAGAACUGUCAGAUUUGCCCUGCAGGCGUGUGCUCUGAGGUUAGCAUGCCUCCUGGGCCACAUACACAGAGGAGAACUGCUUAGAGCACAGAAGACAAGCCCAAGAGACAUUGUGAGACCUUCUGUAGGGUGGGCAAAGGAAGCCCCUUCCUCAGCAACCCAGGCAGCAUCAAGGCCAGUUAUUCCACCAAUGAAGGGGUCUAUCUGUGUUUUGGUCUGUAAAUAUUUCUGUGUAGAACAAACCUGUAAGCUCAGUGAUUGUAUAAAUAUAUAUUACAUGUUGAAUUUGAGUUGUCACAGAUCAUCUUUAUCUGCGGAGCACCUGUGCCAUUAAUUUGCCUAAGCCUCAAAUAGAAACAUUUCUAAAGAUGGAUUACGCCGUAUAGAUUUCCAUGCUUUUUCACUUCACUUCGCUUUCAGUUCCUAUGUCAGUUUCCCAUCUCAUCCAAAUAUCUUUUGUGUUUCCUACAAAGCUGUCUAAUAUCAUAGCAUAUAUCACUGAAACUGCCCCUUUUGUGUCAUGGCUAGGUCUAUUACAUAGCAAGUCAAAAGGUGUCAAUGGUCUCAAGCCCUCACCCCUUCAUUCCAGAUACUUUGCAAAAGUGCAUAGUUGGAACCAGAACUAUUUUAUGCCUUUCAUCUUUGGCACCAUGGCUAGAUUUACACCGAUAUAAAAGACUCUGAAAAUGCUCUGCAAAAAAAACCAUUGUAAAGCUCACAAUUGAAAAUAUAAUUGAGUUGCGAUUUCAGCUCUACAGCACCAUCUGGUGUCACAGUGUCAUAAGGCAUUUAUAACGCUGUAUUUUGACUAAUGUAGGUGAGUCCCAGGUCCUCUAUUAAAAUUGCUUUACCUUUUACAAACAGACCUCUACUUCUAUAGAAAACUUUUUUUUCAAGAUCUACAAAUUGGUUAUAUUUGCGUGUAUAAAUAAGGGCUGAUCUAGCAGAGGCAGCAGUGGUGAUGGAGCCAAUACUGAGUUCCGAGUCCACCAAUGCCAUCAAUGAUACUUUUAAAAAUGGGUUGCCUGCGUUUUCUCGUUCCAUGUAAGACAGCUCACCUCUAGGAAAUUUCCCUUAAAAUUAUCUUUUGGUGACAUGGGACCACCACAUGCCUUGCAAAGAUAAAUUCUUUAAGCUCACCAUUAUGUUGGAAAGACUCUGGAGAAUGAGGUUCCUAUUUUCAUGUUUGGUGGAGUGUACUGUGGUCCACACAUUUUGCAAAAAAGUUUUUAUCUGACCUGCAAAAUCACAAAACAGUCUAUCCCUCCUAAUUUGGCACUUGCCUUAUCAUCACUAGACUUGACCCCCAAUACUACUCUUAAAGCAAAAUAAUUAAUUUCCUUUCUGCUCACAGCAACUAGACUAGUUGUUGCCCAACGACAGAAGGAAACCUCCAAUAUACCCAUAGAAGCUUUGGUUAUUAACAUCUGGAGCACUGCUCUAUCAAAACGCCUCACAUACCAUAGAUGAGUAAUCAAGAGCAUCUUCAAAAAAGAUACCUUUGAUGCAAUCUGAUCUCCCUUUUUCUCUUUUAUUGAAGAGGAACAGGAUCUUUUAAUGCCAGCAUCACCGCAGAGGUGUCUGUGGAGGGGAUGUAUUGAUUGAAAAUGUCUAGCCAGCCAGAUCGGAAGUUGGGUUCCUAGUGCAGAUAUUCAGCAAAUAAAUGUUAUUAAUUUAAUUAAAAGGCAAAAAAAGAAUAGGAACAUUUCUGUCUGCCUUCCAUAGUGGGUGUCCCUUACGCCAGGGUGAUCCAGGAGCCUGGAUUCUGUUCUGGAAAUUGUAAUCAAACAGCAGGAUUCUCUGACCAGGCAAAGCCAUAGCUGUGGGUGAAGCCUCCUAGCCUCUGUGUGUGUGCCAAACUGGGUAUUUCACCUGGGUGAAAUAAGCCUAGUUUCACCCCUGGGCCAGGUUUCCUAUCUCAUUGCUCACUGGAUGGCCUCCCCGCCAUUCACACACACUCUCUCCACUUAAUCACAAUAAUGUACCUCCCAGGGCUGCCACGAGGAUUAAAUGGGGAGCAGAACCUUGUGUGAUACCCUGAACUCCUUGGAGGAAAAGUGGGACAUGCAUGUAAUAAGUAAUAUAAAUAACAUUUAUCUGACUAGGGAUGCAACAAGGCCCUGACUUCCAUUCUGGCCCAUGUCCAUUCAUGCAGCGCCGUUUCCAUUCUGCCACACUUCUAACAAAAACUGUCCACUGAGGCAGAAUUUUACACAAUUCAUUCCACUAUUCCACACCACUGGUCUCAAUGCAAAGCAAGUAUAAUGCAAAUGGGGUGGAUGUGUCUCCAUUUAUGUAUCACUUUCGGACUGAAAAACAACAAGCAAUGAAUGCUAAUAAUAUUUGCUAGACUGAUUUCCAUCCUGUCUGGGAGACUCAGGAAUCAAGAAGAUAAUGACUUUAAAAGAGAAUGGGAGAAAUUCAUAACUUGGGAGACCAUUGUAAACGAAACCAUUGUAGCUGGACUUUAAAAAUAACUUGUAAAGAAACGAAAGAUAUGGAUAAUUUAGAGAGAUGAAAACUGUGGAGAACGUAAUGAUAUGUAGUCUUAGGGAAAUUAUUUUAAGGACUCAUGCAGGGAAUGGGGGGAAGUCACAAGAUUCAUAGAAUCUCAUAUAUGAAUAUGUUAAAAGUUUUUUCUUGCUUAUUAUUUUAAAUUUGUUCUUGUAAAAACUAAUAAAAAUAUUUU